GCUGCGCGCGCGCUCCGCACUAUCCGCUAACAAUUCGCAAUCGACCGACGUCUUGGUGUCGGAGCUGGUAAUGAGCGCUUUCUGCUAAAUGAACCCGUGGACGAGUACCGUACUCAGUUUAUCGCAGUGGCGUGUGAUCGCAACCCCGCGGACUGAGAGCGAGCAGUGAGUUUGGUGGCAGUGUCGUGCAGCAUGGAGAGGCCGGCCCGCUGGGCGGAGCAGCGCUCCGAGCAGCGCUCCGAGCGGCGCGAGCAGCUGGUGCAGCAGCGCACCGAGCAGCACUUCACGCAGACGCUCACACAGCAAGUUGAGAGCUCAGUCGGAGCCCUACCGAUUACUACCGGUAGACCUGGGGACCCUUCUCCGCCGAUAUUCGAGCAGAUAUUUAAGAAUGCAAGAUUCGCACAGGGCGGGAACGCAAAAUUCGAGGGGAAGCUGAGGGGUAACCCUACUCCGACCGUGUCGUGGACCAGGAAGAAGGCACCGCUGGUGGAGUGCAACAAGUACAGCAUGAGCUACAACGAGCAGACGGGCGACGUGGCUCUGCUCAUCAAGCAGAUUGGCCCAGGCGACGAGGGAGAGUACACGUGCACGGCACGCAACCAGUACGGCGAAGCCAUCUGCUCCGUCUACAUCCAGCCCGAGGGGGCUGCCGUGCCAGCGCAGCAGGCCUCGCAGCAGCAGAGCUACCGCCACGUCAGCGAGAGCGUACAGCAUAAGUCCUACGGCACGCAAGGCUACUCGUCGGAACAGUCGCGCCAGUCGCAAAAGUACGCCUACACCAACGGCAACUCAGACUUCUCUUCCACUGAAGAUUUUAAGGUAGACACUUUCGAAUACAGACUGCUGAGAGAAGUAUCGUACAGAGAAACCAUCACGAAAAGAUAUAUAGGAGAAACCGAUAUUCAAAUAAGCACAGAAAUCGAUACGACUUUAGGGCCAGCGUCUCCUCCGAAGAUAUCACAGAAACCUAGAAACUCUAAACUUCAGGAAGGUGCCGAUGCUCAAUUCCAAGUCCAGCUUUCAGGGAACCCCAGGCCGCGCGUUACGUGGUUCAAAAACGGCCAAAGGUUAAUUAACUCGAAUAAACAUAACAUUAUUACUUCGAAUAAUCAAACUAUCCUUAGAAUAAGAAGCACACAAACGUCUGAUAGUGGACAUUACACACUCCUAGCCGAGAAUCCCAACGGAUGCAUCGUCACCUCGGCCUAUCUGGCCGUUGAGUCCCCUCAGGAGCCAUAUGUGCAAGACCAAAGGUCCCAGCUCUUAAUCGACACGCAACAAGUACAGACUGAAAAAAUAGAAGUAGAAGAAAAAGCUCUCGCUCCGCAGUUCGUAAAGGCCUGCCAAGAUCGAGAUGUCACGGAAGGCAAAAUGACGCGAUUCGAUUGCCGCGUCACUGGCAGGCCUUAUCCGGAAGUCACGUGGUUCAUUAACGAUAAACAAAUUCGAGACGAUUAUAAUCAUAAGAUAUUAGUAAACGAAUCCGGUAAUCAUGCACUUAUGAUUACAAACGUCGAUCUCAGUGAUAGUGGUGUAGUGACAUGUGUGGCGCGAAACAAAAGUGGCGAAGCGUCUUUCCAGUGUAGACUGAACGUGAUAGAGAAGGAGCAAGUAGUCGCUCCGAAGUUUGUAGAAAGAUUUAGUACUUUGAAUGUGCGAGAAGGUGAGCCGGUACGGUUGAACGCGCGCGCCCUCGGCACACCUACACCACGAAUCACAUGGCAGAAGGACGGAGUUCCGAUCCUACCCAAUGCAGAGCUACGAAUCAAUAUCGAAGGUGGGGCCUCGACAUUAGAUAUUCCUCGAGCCAAGGCGUCGGAUGCGGCAUGGUAUCAGUGUACCGCACAAAAUGUCGCUGGCUCCACAGCCACUCGGGCGAGGCUCUACGUGGAGGUGCCCAAAGAGCCUCCGCCCGAGCAGAAGCGGCUGCACCUACCGCGGCCUACGAAAAUAAUUGAACCAGAGCCCGCUCCUGGUCCAGAAAUUAUAUACUUAAGGCACGUGGAAAGGGCAAGACCGUUUGUUCCUCCAGGAGAGGAAGAUCGAGUAUAUCCACCUCCUCAGUUUAUCGUUCCACUGAAAAGUGUGACGCAAAUGGAAGGUGGAAAAAUACAUUUUGAAACUAGAAUAGAACCGGUUGGCGAUCCAUCCAUGAGGAUUGAAUGGUUGAAAAACGGCCAAAGUAUAAAAGCCAGUUCCAGAUUUACUUCUGUGUUCCGGUUUGGAUACCUCUCUCUAGAUAUGCUCAGUCUUAAUUUCGAAGACAGUGGAGAGUAUACUUGCCGAGCUAUAAGCGCUACGGGCAUGGCCGAGACCAAGGCGGUAUUACAAGUGACGCCGAGAGCAACAAUCGAGAGGACCAGUCAGCAUCCGCAGAGCUUGCAAUGUAUUCAGCAGCUCGAGGAUUACUCCAAAUAUCAGCAUCAGGAGUCGGUCGAAGAACAUACGUCACAAAAACCACAGUUCAUAAGGCCAUUGCAAGACCUCGGCGAACUACAAGAGGGGCGAAAUGCUCAUUUCGAAGGACAACUCACUCCUGUCAGCGAUCCUACUAUGAGAGUAGAAUGGUACAAAGAUGGUAAGCCAAUCACGGCGAGCUCGCGAAUCACAGCAAUCUUCAACUUCGGCUACGUCUCCCUUAACAUCAUGCACCUACGGGCUGAAGAUGCAGGUUCGUAUACAGUGAGAGCCGUGAAUAGACUCGGCGAGGCCAUCAGUACCGCUACGAUUCAAGUAGCCGCUAGAAGUACCGUCACAUCAGAUCUCGGCAUACCAGAACAACGAAGGUAUAUCGAAAAAACUGAGCAACUAGAAGCUUAUCAACAGCAACAGCACCAGAAAUACUUUCAAGAAGCACCUGAAAGCACACAGAGACCUGAGUUCAAAACACCUAUCAAGGACCAAAUAAACGUUAAAGAGGGUGGAUUUGCUCACUUUGAAGCGCGCCUCGAACCCGUUGGUGAUUCUACUCUCAGAGUGGAAUGGUUAAAGGACGGCCGCCCAGUAGAGGCGAGUUCGAGAAUCACUACAUUCUUCAACUUUGGGUAUGUAGCGUUAACCAUUAAAUCAGUGACCAUCCACGAUGCCGGCCACUACACGUGCCGGGCUUACAACGCUUUAGGACAGGCGACCACAAAUGCAAAUCUUUCGAUUAUCACAAAGAAAGACAUUAUAGCAGAAUCUCAACACCCCGGUGGUCUAGAAAGGAUUCAAUUCUUAGAAGAUUCAAGUAAAUACUCCAGACGGGCGGAGGAAGAAGUAAGAAUCACUCAGAAACCGAGGUUUCUUGGCCCAUUAAAAGGAACUAAUAAAAUUGUAGAAGGGCAAAGCGCUCAUUUUGAAGCAAGAGUGGAGCCCCAGAGUGACCUAACGUUAACGACCGAAUGGUAUUUCAACGGAAAGCAAAUAAAAUCAGCUAACAGAAUACAAACUUACCACGACUUCGGUUACGUAGCUUUGGACAUCGCGAACGUCCGAGCUGAAGACUCCGGUGUGUACACGGUGGUGGUGCGCAACGCAGCCGGGGAAGCCCAACAAAACGCGUCGAUGGUGGUCGAGACAAGGUCAAGCAUUGAUACUUCGAGUAUUCACCACGGCUUAUACGAGAAAACUCGACAAAUGGAAGAAUCUAAAUUUAUCGAACCAAUGUAUCACAUAGAAGAAAUAUCAAAGUCAAAACCGAUUUUUGUGCAACCACUCUCUGACCCACCGUCAGUCUCCGAAGGCAAAAAUAUUCAUCUCGAAUGUCGACUAGAGCCCAUGGGCGAUCCGACUAUGAGAGUAGAAUGGUUCCACAACGGCAGAGCGGUGACCGUUGGAUCCCGGUUUAGAACUUAUUACGAUUUCGGGUUCGUGGCACUCGACAUCAUUCACGCAACUUCAGUGGACUCAGGAGAAUACACCGCUAGGGCAGUCAACCACUUAGGUUCGGCUCACACGUCGGCCAUGGUUCGCGUGAUCGAACGCUCCGACGUAUUGACUGACACGCAAAACGAACAAGCAGUUGAACAGAUUCAAAUAUUAGAAGAUGCCGCGCGACGUACCAAGCAGGUACAGGAAGAUAUAACUGUUAUGCGAGCUCCUCACUUCUCUAGGGCUUUGCACAAUAUUGAAACGGUGGAAGGUACAAAUGUCCAUCUAGAAUGCCGGUUGCAACCAGUCGGCGAUGCAACUAUGAAGGUCGAUUGGUUUUGCAACGGUAGACCUAUUAAAACUGGUCACAGAUUUCGACCAGCGUAUGAAUUCGAUUAUGUUGCCCUAGAUCUUUUGAGCGUGUACCCUGAAGAUUCAGGAGUAUACACAUGCCAGGCCACUAACCAGUUGGGAGAAGCGGUGACGUCAUGUGCAUUACGAGUAAUGGCAAAGAAAGAUUUGAUUUUCGAUACGCAGCACCCUACUGGUUUGGAAAAAAUACAAUACCUGGAAGAUGCAUCUCGCUACAAGAAGUCAGAUGUAAUCGACGAGUCGAUUCACAUUAAACCACGAUUUAUAACAAAGCCCAAAUCAAUUGACAACGUUAAAGAAGGGCAUCACGUUCACUUCGAAUGUAAACUAGAGCCAGUGACCGAUUCCAACCUUAAGGUCGAGUGGUUUAAAAAUGGUCAACCAGUCACUAUUGGUCACCGUUUCAGACCAAUACACGACUUUGGAUACGUAGCCCUAGACAUUAUCGAUCUCAUCGCUGAGGAUUCGGGCGUGUACACGUGCAGAGCCGUCAACCAACUCGGCACCGACGAAGUGAGCUGCAGACUUUCGUGCCGAGAAACGGCAGAUAUUAUUCGUGCCACUCAGAAUGAAGCUGGCUUAGAACAAAUUCAAGUCUUGGAGGAUAGGUCUAAGUACCAUCGCACCGAUGCUCUAGACGAAGUGACUACGCAAGCGCCAAUAUUUACAACAUCACUUAAAAAUGUAGAGAUAAAAGAGGGCCAACGCGCGCACUUCGAGUGUAGACUUAUUCCCGUUUCUGACGCUACUAUGAAAGUAGAAUGGUAUCACAAUAAUAAACCUCUCAAGAGUGGGUCUAGAUUUACGGAAACGAACAAUUUUGGAUUUGUCGCGCUUGACAUUAUGUCUUGUUUACCUGAAGAUUCUGGCACCUAUACGUGCAGGGCUAUCAACGCACUCGGAGAAGCAGUUACGUCUGGCGUUGCGGUCGUACACUCCAAGAAGUCCAUUUAUCUUGAAUCACAGCACGAGGGAGCUUUACCGAGGUUGACUCAGCUAGAGGAUUCGUCCAGACACCAGAGACAUGCAGUUCAAGAUGAAUCAGUUACCCAAGCUCCCUUGUUCACUAAUCCUAUGAAAGAUUUAAGAGUGGCUGAAAAUCAAGCAGCACACUUCGAGACGAGACUCAUUCCCGUAGGCGAUCCCAAGUUGAAGGUGGAAUGGUUACGGAAUGGAGUUCCGAUUGAAGCUUCAAAUCGCAUCACCACCAUGCACGACUUCGGAUACGUCGCUCUUAACAUGAAAUACGUGAACCCAGCUGACUCGGGCACCUACACGUGCCGGGCCACUAACGAGCUCGGACAAGCCGUAACAUCGUCCACCCUCUUCGUGCAAUCUAAAGCCUCCCUCGACUUACAAUCGCAACACGAGGCCGCCUUACAAAAAAUUCAGCAGCUGGAGGAUACUUCACGCUAUCAGAGGAAGGAAGAUGUGGACGUUGGCGUAAACCAAGCGCCUCGCUUCGUUACUCAGUUAAACGGACCUUCGAGGCUGGUGGAGGGCCAGAGCGCUCACUAUGAAUGUCGGAUCGAGCCCUACCCCGACCCCAACAUGCGGGUAGAAUGGUACUUCAACGGCAAAGUCUUACAAAGUGGACAUCGGUAUCGCACAGCCUUUGACUUCGGGUUCGCAGCUCUAGACAUCCUUACCGUGUACGGGGAAGACUCCGGCGAAUACACGUGUAAAGUCAUCAACAACCUAGGGCAAGCGAUAUCAUCUAUUAAAUUAAACGUUCAAUCCAAGGAAUCAAUUAUCAGGGAUACCCAGCACGAAAGCGCAUUGGAAAAAAUUCAAUAUCUCGAGGACGAUAGCAGAUACAAACGCGUCGUUCGGGACGAAGGCUUUGUCGCCGAGAAGCCUCAGUUCGGCAAGCCUCUUAAGAACGCGCACGUGGCGGAGGGACUUCCUGUGCACUUGGAGGCCACACUGACUCCCGUCAAUGACCCCACUAUGCGCGUAGAGUGGUACUGCAAUGGAAGACCUAUUCAGCAGGGACAUAGGUUCAAGACCACAAACGACUUCGGCUAUGUUGCUUUGGAUGUCUUAUAUGCGUACAGUGAAGAUUCUGGUACAUACAUGUGCAAGGCUACAAAUGCAGUCGGUGAAGCUGUCACUACUAGCUCCGUUAAUGUUGAUGCUAAAGCUUCGCUGUAUCUGGACACGCUGGACGAGCAGCGUUUAAGAAAGAUCAAAGAGCUGGAACAAUACGAGAGGCCUAAAGCAGUAGAACAGGAAGCACCAGGUCAACGACCGGUGUUCCUAACCGCUUUAACAAGUCUGGAAAACCUAAAGGAAGGUGACCGCGCUCAUUUCGAAUGCAGAGUGGAACCUAUAAAUGACCCCGAUCUUAAAAUCGAAUGGUUCCUUAACGGCCAGAAGAUCAAAACGGGUCACAGGUUCAGAACGACGCACGAUUUUGGUUACGUGGCGUUGGACAUACUUUACAGUUACUCAGAAGACUCCGGGACUUAUAUGUGCAAAGCUAUGAACAAACUUGGAGAAGCAGUUAAUACAUGCACGUUGAAGGUUGCAAGCCACCGAAGUAUAAUAUGCGAUACGCAGCAUCCUAAUGGUCUCGAAAAAAUAAAACAAUUAGAGGCGCAAGGUCAUUCUGCGAGAAUGGAGGUCGAAGAACCCAAAAUAUCGCCACCGAGGUUCGUCACAGAGCUAAGAGGAACGACUCAUGUUUAUGAGGGACAAACGGCGCACUUUGAGUGCCAAGUAGAGCCUGUGCACGAUCCAAACUUGCGCAUCGAGUUUUACCACAAUGGCGUGGCAUUGCAAUCGGCGUCACGGUUCCAUAUCACUUUUGAUUUUGGUUACGUGUCUUUGGAUAUCCAGCACUGUGUACCCGAGGACGCGGGCGAAUACUCAGUCAAGGCAAUCAACGCCCUCGGCCAGUGCACUUCCGCCAUAUCCAUGACGGUAACCGCAAAAGGCAGUAUCAUAUCGGAAUCUCAGCGCCCGCAGGGACUCGAGAAGAUCCGAGAGUUAGAGUCCGCGGAACCGUUUAAGCGACCAGAGAUACCGGAGCCGGUCACCAGGCAGAGGCCAGUCUUCACGCAGCCACUGCAGAAUAUAGACAACAUACAGGAGGGGCAAACUGCCCACUUUGACUGCAGGCUGAUCCCCGUCGGAGAUCCGACUCUCAAGGUGGAAUGGUUCAGAAACGAAAAGCUAAUCGAAGACAGCUCUCGUAUCACCAAAACACACGACUUCGGGUACGUGUCUAUGUCCAUCGCUCACGUUCGCGACGAAGACGAGGGCGUUUAUAUGUGCCGCGCGUCAAACCUGCUCGGGGAAGCAGUCACGACGGCUGCAAUGAGAAUUAAAACUAAAGCAGCGAUACAAAUGGAAACACAACAUCCGGAAGGCAUGAAAAAAAUUCAACAGCUGGAGCAACCGCAGCAAAGAAAAGCCGACCAACCAGACCGUGAAUUUGAGAAACCUAUUUUCACUCAAGUGCUUACCGGACCCUCGGAGCUUUGGGAGGGCCAGCAUGCGCAUUACGAAGCACGAGUAGUUCCCGUGGGAGAUCCUAGCUUGCGGUUUGAAUGGUACAUCAAUGGAGUUGAACUUAAGAUGGGUUCACGUUUCCGCACAACACAUGACUUUGGUUUUGUUACGUUAGACAUAAAUUCGGUGGUGCAAAAUGAUGCAGGUCUAUACAUGUGCAAAGCAAUAAACAAAGCGGGAAGUACGGUUUCCUCCACUUCCCUUAAAGUAAAAACCAAAACUAAUAUCAUUGAUGAGGCUAUGCGUCCCGAGGCUUGGCAACAAAUUCAACUGAAGGAAGCCGCAAUGAACAAAGUUCCUGAAAUGUUCAUGGAGCCAGGCGUACAACAAGCCCCUAUUUUUACGACGCAUCUUCAGAGCUACGACAAGCUGGUUGAAGGGCAGCACGUGCACUUGGAGGCCCAAGUUGAGCCUCGCACAGAUCCGAAUCUACGUGUGGAAUGGUUUAAGAAUGGACUAUCUUUAACUACCGGAGCAAGGCUAAAGAGCACCUUUGAUUUUGGUUUAGUUACACUUUCAAUUAAUUCUGUAAGAUUCGACGAUUCGGGUAUAUACACAUGCAAAGCUACAAAUCUAAUUGGUGAAGCGGUUUCUACUGCAUCCAUUAAAAUAGAGGACCGUCAUUGGUUGCUUGGUGAUACGCUUCAUCCAGAAUCUUUGGACCGCAUUGGUGCCUUGGAGCAACCUAAACCCGGUAAGCCCGAUGCACCAGAGCCGGUUUACGAGACACCUGUAUUUAUCUCGCAUCUAAAUAACAUAAUAUGUAAGGAAGGCGAAAACAUCCACUUCGAAUGUAAUGUAGAACCCUCGAGAGAUCCUACGCUGAAGAUUGAAUGGUUCUUUAACAACAAGGCUUUGCCAUCGGGUACUAGGUACAAGAGCACCCAUGACUUUAGCUACGUAUCACUGGAUAUGACGCAUACCUAUGAAGAAGAUUCCGGUAUUUACACUUGUAAAGCUACAAAUAGUAAAGGAUCAGCAACAACAUCUGGUACACUAAGAUGUACUGGAGAUAAGCACAUCUAUCUCGAUACACAACAUCCUCAAGGUAAAGCCGGUUUAGAUGCUGUAGAACAGGCGGAAGAAGCCAGGCUUGCCAAGGGCAGAAGACCCUCGGUUCCAGAUGCAGAAUAUCCUAAACCGGAAUGGAUAGUACCAGUUGCCCCUGAACAUCAAUUAGUCGAAGGGCAAGCACUCCAUCUCGAGGGCCAAGUCGAGCCUAAGAAUGAUCCCGAUUUGAAGAUCGAAUGGUAUUUCAAUGGUAAAAUUUUGGAACAAGGAUCACGUUUCAAGGUUAGGAGUGAUUUUGGUUUCGUUACCUUGGACCUGAUUGACGUAUAUGAAAGAGACAGCGGUAUAUAUACUUGUAAAGCGUGGAAUAAAAGAGGUGAAGCUUUCACUUCCUCAACUGUUUACUGCUCCAGCAAAGAAAACCUCAUCGAGAGAACUCAGCAUCCAAAGGGUAAAGAAGGGCUGGAGAAAAUACAAGAUCUCGAAGAAUCCCUCCGCAGAGAGCCCGGUCAGAAACCUGACGAUGACACGGGCCGACCUCCCGAAUUUGUUACAGUGUUCGAAGACAUCACCGAAAUAAUUGAAGGCCAGAUUGCUCAUUACGAAGCAUCUUUAAUUCCAACUGGUGACCAAAGUAUGGUUAUAGAAUGGUUUUAUAACGGCAAAACAAUUGAAGCUAGUCAUCGUAUACGUACUGUUUAUGCUUUUGGAAUGGUAGUACUAGAAAUUCUUGGAACUAAGAUAUCUGACUCCGGAACUUAUUCAUGUCGGGCGAAGAACAAAUGGGGACAGGCAGAAAUAAGCGUCAAGCUUGGAUGUGUUGAUAAAAGUAAGGGUCAAAAACCUAGAUUUACUACGCACAUACAAAAUAUAGAGGGGCUUAAAGAUGGCCAAUCGGCCCACUUCGAGUGUACUGUUGUCCCCGUAGACGACCCAGAGAUGAAGAUCGAAUGGUAUCAUAACGGACAGCCCAUGCGCCACUCUACGAGAAUUAAAACUAUAUCAGAUUUUGGAUUUGUUGUGCUUGAUAUUGCUUAUACACAGAAUCAUGACACAGGGGAAUACGUUUGCCGAGCUUACAACAAAUACGGCGAAGAUUUCACAAAAGCUACUAUUUCAUGCUAUGGUAGAGGCGGUGUUUAUUCAGACAGCUUGCAGCCAGAUUCAUUAGCUAAGAUUCGAGAGUUAGAGAGCCUGCAAGGAAUGCAGAAACAGGCGCCCGCGCCCGCUUCAGCGGAACCACCGAAGUUCAUUACUCAAAUUGAAGACGUGACUAAAUUAGUCGAAGGGCAGAGUGCUCACUUCGAAGCUAGAUUGGUGCCAGUGGAUGAUCCCGAUCUGAAAGUAGAAUGGUAUUACAACGGCAAAAAGUUACCACAUGGGCAUAGGUACAGAACUUUCCAUGACUUCGGAAUUGUAAUUUUAGAUAUUUUAUAUUGCUAUGAAGAAAAUUCAGGAGAAUACGAAUGUGUGGCCACGAAUAAAUUGGGACGCGAUUCAACAAAAGCGAUGUUGAAGUGUACAUCAAAGGAAAAUUUGAUCUUGGACUCGCAACUCCCGCGGGGCAUGGAAGGUGGGUUAGAGAAGCUGCAGACGUUGGAAGACUCCAUGAUUCGCAGAAAGGAUACAGAAGUUGAGGAAAAACGCGGCAAGGCCCCAGUAUUCACUGUUCCCUUGUCCAAUAUUGAUAAUCUCAGAGAGGGCGAAAACGCACACUUUGAAGCUCGUCUAACACCUACUGAUGACCCUCAGCUAAAGGUGGAGUGGUACUGGAAUGGAAAAUCACUAAAGGCAGGGUCAAGGUUCAGAACUUUCUGCGACUUCGGCUUCGUUAUCCUGGAAAUUUCACCAACAUAUCCAGAGGAUUCCGGAGAAUAUUUGUGUAAGGCGUACAACAAUUACGGUGAAGCAGUAACGACUGCAACAAUGAAAGUGCAAGGAAAGCGAAACAUCAUCUUAGAAUCUCAGUUGCCAAAGGGGAUGGAGGGUACAAUCGAUAAGAUUGCAGCCUUGGAGGGCUACACAGGAACGGCAGAUAAUUUGUCGCCCGAAGCGGAAAGCGGCAACCCCCCAGAGUUUAUCACUACACCGUCCGAUCUCAUUUUGUCAGAAAACUCAUCUGCUCAUUUCGAAUGUCGCCUCGUUCCGGUUAACGACUCUAGUAUGACGGUCGAGUGGUACCAUAAUGGCAAGCCACUGCUGACCGGCUCGAGAGUAAAGACGAUUAACGAUUUUGGAUUCGUUAUAUUAGAGGUCGGUGGCGUCUACCAGCGCGACGCUGGGCUCUACACAUGCAAAGCGACCAACAAGCACGGUGAGGCCACCGUGUCUUGUAAGCUGCAAGUGAAAGGUAGACAAGGCAUCAUUCUAGAACCCCAGUUACCAUCACAGUUCAAGUCCGGAACCGAAAGCAUCCAGAAGUUGGAGGAAACCCUCCACAAACGCGAGGAGAUCACUAUAGAGGAUGAAAAACCGAAUCCACCCCGGUUCACCGUCGAAAUCAAGGACAACGUAGAUGUAGCGGAAGGUGGUCCAGUCCACUUCGACUGCCGCCUCGAACCUGUUGGAGACCCCACCAUGAGGAUCGAUUGGUUCUGCAACGGCAGACCGUUCGCCACGGGCUCGCGUGUGCACAUGUUGAACGACUUCGGCUUCAUCGCUUUGGACAUUGACUACGUGUAUACGCGUGACGCGGGUGAAUACACUUGCCGCGCCACGAACCGAUGGGGCUCGGCCACCACUACAGCCAAGGUGACGUGUAGCACCAAACGUGACGUAGUGCUCGACUCGCAGCUACCGCACGGUAUGAGUGGCGAGAAGAUCAAGGAACUCGAGCGUGGUCACAUGCGUGAAGCGCCCAAGGAAGAGCCAGUUAUUAGCUCUCCACCCAAGUUCAUCACACAAAUUCAGUCGCACACGAUCGAAGAAUCGGAAUCUAUUAGAUUUGAGUGCCGUGUCGAACCUAAGGAAGAUCCCAAACUACGCAUCGAGUGGUAUAGAAACGGAAAACUGCUGCCUUCUGGUCACAGGUUCCGAACUGUCUACGACAUGGGAUUCGUUUCUCUUGAUAUCCUGUACGUCUACGCCGAAGAUUCUGGUGAAUAUGUAUGUCGAGCAGUCAACGACUUUGGUGAAGAUUUUACCAAGGCGACUGUAUCAUGCAAACAAUUACCAGACAUCAUUCUACAAAAUCAAGUGCCUAAAGGCAUGAAGAAAUCCGAAGCCUUGACACAAAUGGAAGCCACGAUCAAAAAGUAUACAUCCGAGGUAUUCCUAACAGAAGACGAUCUGUAUGACGUGGACAAGAAGCAACCACCACGGUUUGUGACACAAAUCCAGAGCCAGACGACUUUAGUAGAAAUGGAGUCCACCAAGUUCGAGUGCCAGUUAGCGCCAGUAGGAGAUCCGAACAUGAAAGUUGAAUGGUUUUUCAAUGGCAAACCUUUGUUACACAAGAACAGAUUCACACCCAUCUACGACUUCGGCUACGUGGCUAUGAACUUCGGUUGGGUGUACCCGGAGGACAGCGGCGAGUACCUGUGCCGUGCUACAAACUUAUACGGACAGGAUGAGACUCGAGCCGUCAUCCAAACCGCUGGCAAGCCUGGUAUUGUAUACGAGUCGCAGCUACCCAAACACAUGAAGAGUAUUGAGCGUAUCCGCGAGAUGGAGGCCUCCUGGCAAGUAGCACCGGAGCAAGCGGUGGAGGAGACCAAGCCCCGCUCCGCCCCCGUGUUCGUGAGCAAACCAGAGCCAUGCAACGUGCCGGAAGGCGAGUGGGCGCGGUUCUGCUGCCGCGUCACCGGCCACCCCAAGCCACGCGUCAUGUGGCUCAUAAACGGAAAUACUAUCGUCAACGGUUCCAGAUACAAGCUGACGUACGACGGCAUGUACCACCUCGACAUCCCCAAAACGCGGCAGUACGACACCGGCAAGAUUGAGGUGAUCGCGCGCAGUUCCGCCGGAGAAGCGCUGGCCAUCACCGAGCUACGCGUCGUGCCGCGCCACGACGAUUACAGAGGUGUACUCAAAAACGCGCCCCGCCCGUGGUACGAUGAGACGACCCAGUUCCAACGCAGCGAGACCGAACUGGAGAAGACGUUCGAGGAGAGGCAGACCAUGCAGCGGCAGGGCGUCAUCGACUACCGGCCCGAGCUGAAACCGAAGGUCGUGAAGGACGGGGAGACAGAGUGGCAGCAGACCGUUAAAAAGAAGAAGAGCGAGGAAUACUACAACAAGCUGCAGGAGCUGGAGAACGAGCAGAUCGUCAAGGAGAGCCGCCACCGCGAGGGCACACACAGCUUCGCACCCGCCGCGCCCACGGCGCCCACAGUGGCGCGCGCCAUGGCGCAGCAUUACCAGGAUCACCUGGAACAAACCGAGGAAGUCAUCGAUAAACAGACUCAAAAGAGAGUAAUUCAGAAAAAGAUACCCGAUCCGUCCGAAUCAAUGGUUCACGGCAAGGAAGUUCACGUUGCGAAGCAGAAGCAGAUCCAGAAGGAGGUAGUCGGCGACACCGAGAUAACGCGCAAGAUAACUUCCACGGAGACUACUGAAGUGGAACACAAAGCGCAGACGCAGGAGCGCGUGGUUGAAGGGCCCACGAAGCCUAGCAACCCACCCGUGUUUACAAAGAAGAUGCAGCCCUGCCGCGUCUUCGAACAUGAGCAGGCAAGGUUCGAGGUUGAGUUCGACGGUGACCCGCUGCCGACCAUCAAGUGGUACCGCGAAAACUUCCCCAUCAAGAACUCACCGGACUUCCAAAUACACACUUUUAGCACCAAAUCUAUUCUCAUUAUAAGACGAGUCUUCGUUGAAGAUUCGGCCGUAUUCGCCGCCGUUGCCGAAAACCGCGGAGGCACCGCUAAAUGCAGCGCUAACCUGGUCGUAGAGGAGCGCCGGCGGCAAGGUCGUGGGGGCCUCGCGCCGCCUAGUUUCACGCUCACGGCGCAGAACGUUAACGUCACUGCAGGGCAGCUCGUGCGCUUCGAUACGAAAGUGACGGGCACGAAACCCAUUGAUGUGUACUGGUUGAAGAACGGACAGAAGGUUCAGCCCGAUAUCAAAAACAAGAUCUUAGAGGAAGACGGCGUGUACACGCUCCUGAUUCUGGAGGCGUACCCGCAGGACUCCGGCAAGUACGAGUGUGUGGCAAUGAACGGCGCGGGAGAGGCGCGCUGCGACGCUGAGUGCACCGUGAGUGCGCCCGCCACGCGCGCGCGCUCUAAGCCCAAGAGCGAGGCCGCCUCCGCGCCGCCGGAGGUGCUCGAGCCGCUGAAGGACCGCACGGUCGCCGAAGGCCAGGCCAUCGAGUUCGAGUGCAAGAUUACGGGCCGGCCCGCGCCCACCGUGCAGUGGUACAAGGGCGACCGGCUCAUCAAACCCUCCAAGUACUUCCAGAUGUCCCGCACGGCGGACGACUACGUCCUGCACAUCUCGGAGGCAUUCCCCGAGGACGAGGGCGAGUACCGCUGUGUGGCUACGAACCCCGCGGGACGCACGGCCGCUAGCGCUCGUCUGCGCGUCACGGCCGAGGCGCCCGCCGGCGCGCCAGCACUCACGCCGCUGCGCGACCUUGUCGUGUUCGAAGGCCAGCCGGCGCAGUUCAAGACCAAAGUGACCAGCAAAGUGAAGCCGACCAUUCAGUGGCUCCGAGAAGGCGCGCUCAUACCGGAGACCCCAGAUUUCCAGAUGAUCCACGAGGGCGACAACGCCGUGCUUCUGAUCGGCAACACGUACGAGGAAGACUCAGGAACCUUCACGUGCCGCGCCACCACCGCCGCCGGUCAAGCCGAGACCUCGGCCAAGCUAGUCGUCAAAAAAUCACGUAAGCAAAUAACCCAAAGAAGCCAUGAACAGAAAAGUAUUGUAUCGAAUCUUGAAACAGAAGGUACUGACAUAUCGACCAGUACAAUUUUACAUCAAACGACGGAGGAAAGUAAUAUUUUAAAAUUACAAAAUAUAGAGAACGUGCAAACUCGGCAGGUGCCCUGGAGAAAAACUAGGGUUGCUUCUUUGUCAAUUACAGAUGAACAGACGUUGGAAACUAAGCAUUGGCGUAAACCACGUCGUGAAGAAGACAGCAGUUUGAUAACAGAUCAAACUGAUGGGACGGAAACGGAGUCAGAUGUACGUCAUGUUAGACUUCAAAGUAAGUCUAGACCAGAUCUAAAGCCUCUUUAUUUUGAUAAAAGUUAUGUGACAGAAGAUUCUACAAUUCUUGAUGUUUCUAAAGAGGAUGAAAGUAUAGUGAAAAAAUCCGUUAAAAAAGAAACAGGACCUGAUGAUUACCAAGACAAACAAGUAAAAGAGCAAGUGCCGUGGACUCAAGAAGCAAUCAAAUUACGACGCACAAAAGUCGAAAAAACUCCGAUAGCAAAGGAAAAGUUUGAAGAUGUAUCAUUAAAACCUGUGAGAAAGAGUUCAUUGCAAAAGACUGAGACAGUAUUACUUGAAGAUUCACUUACAUCUUUAGAAGACACAGUUAUUUUAAAGGUUGCUGAUGUAGAAUCGAGUGUGCAACUUAAACGUAAAAAGGAGAUAUUACCUAAGACUAAAGAUUCCGAUAUCAUAACAAGUAGACUUCUUCAUCAAACAACAGAAGAGACUAAUCUUUUAGAUUUAAAACAAACUGAAGAUAUUCUUGAUAAACAGACUGUUAGAGAUAAACAAGACCUAAAACCAUCAGAAAAGCAAACACAAGAAAAAGUGCCUUGGACACAAGAAUCGAUAAAAUUACGUCCCACGAAAGUUGAAAAAGCGCCGAUAGCAAAAGAAAAGUUCGAAGAUGUGGAAUUAAAACCAUUGCGAAGAAGUUCUUUACUAAAGACUGAAACGGUAUUGAUUGAAGAUUCAAUUACAGCUAUAGAAGACACUGUUAUUUUAAAGGUUACCGAUGACAAAAGUAUUGAACAAAUUAAGACUUUGGAAGCUGAGAAGCCAUCAGAAGAACAGCAAGAGCCAGUUUCGUGGCGUGUUGGAAAGAGACGACCGAAAGAAGAAACUUCUUUAGCAGAAAUAGAUCUCAAGCCAGUUAUGAAACCAAAAGUGCCUGAGGAAGAAAAACCUCAAGAAGUGAAGCUAAAGCCAGUCAAAAAAGUACAACCAGAAGAUACAUCAGUUGAAGAAGUAGUUCUCAAACCUGUGCGGAAACAACAAGUACCUGAAGAAAAAAUGCCAGAUGUAAAGCUUAAGCCAGUUAGGAAAAAGAAACCAACCGUGGAACUUCAGCCAGAAGAGGUUUCGUGGCGUAUGGGAAAGAGGCGACCAAAAGAAGAACCAUUAUUAUCAGAGGUAGAUCUCAAGCCUAUUUCAAUAGCAAAAGUGCCGGCGGAAGAAAAACCCGAAGAAGUGAAGUUAAAACCGGUCAAAAAAGCACAUGAAGAAGAAAUGCCCCAGGAAGUGAAACUCGAACCAGUAAGGAAAGAGAAACCAUCCGAAGAACAGCAAACAGAAGAAGUUUCAUGGCGAGUGGGAAAGAGGCGACCAAAAGAAGAGCCAACAGCUGAAGAAGUUCAUCUCAAGACUAUUCCUAAAUCGAAAGCACCAGAAGAAGAAAACCCAGAUGAAUUGAAGCUGAAACCAGUUAAAAAGGUGAAUCUGCAAGAAGAAAUCAAUGAGGAAGUGAAGCUUAAACCAGUGAAAAAGGUAAAACCAGAAGAACUUCCAUUGGAAGAAGUCGCACCUAAACCUGUGUCUAAACAAAAAGAACUUGAAGAAAAGCCCGGGGAUGUAAAGCUCAAGCCAGUUAAACGGGAAAAACUAACUGAGGAAAAACAGCUAGAAGAAGUUACGUGGCGUUUUGGAAAGAGACGUCCAAAAGAAGAACUUUCAGUUGAUGAAGUAGAUCUUAACGCUGUUCAAAAGCCAAAGGUGUCAGAGGAAGAAAAACCUAAAGAAGUAAAACUAAAACCUGUCAAAAAGUUUGAACCAGAAGAGCCAACAGCUGAAGAAGUAGUACUCAAACCUUUGCCUAAGCAAAAAGUGCCUGAGGAAGAAAAGCUCGAGGAAUUGAAGCUUAAACCAGUUCGAAAGGAGAAACCAACUGAGGAACAGAAAUCAGAGGAGGUAUCAUGGCGUGUUGGAAAGAGGCGACCAAAAGAAGAGUCUUCUGUUGAAGAUGUAGAUCUCAAACCUAUUCCAAAACCUAAAGCACCAAAAGAUGAAAAACCUGAAGAAGUGAAGCUGAAACCAGUCCUAAAGGUCAAAUCAGAAAAACCAGAAGAAGAAUCCCCCGAAGAAAUAAAGCUUAAACCAGUUAAAAGAGUAAAACCAGAGAAGCCAAUAGAUGAAGAAGUUGUUCUCAAGCCUGUGCCGAUACAAAAAAUUUCAGAAGAAGAAAAGCCCGAGGAGGUUAAGCUUAAACCAGCUAGGAAGGAAAAAAUAACAGAUGAUCAGCAGCCAGAAGAUAUUUCAUGGCGUGUGGGAAAAAGGCGACCAAAAGAAGAACCAUCAGUUGAAGAGGUAGGCCUAAAGCCGGUUUCACAACCAAAAGUGCCAGAAGAAGAAAAACCAGCAGAAGUUAAGCUGAAACCAGUCAAGAAGGUCAAACCAGAAAAACCAGAAGAAGAAUACCUUGAAGAAGUAAAGCUUAAACCAGUUAAAAAGGUAAAAGCAGAGGAGCCAAUAGUUGAAGAAGUUGUUCUCAAGCCUGUGCCGAAACAAAAAAUUCCAGAAGACGAAAUGCCCGAGGAGGUUAAGCUUAAACCAGUUAGGAAGGAAAAAACAACCGAGGAACCAAAGCCAGAAGAAGUUUCAUGGCGAGUUGGAAAGAGGCGACCAAAAGAACAACCAUCAGUAGAAGAGGUAGACCUUAAGCCGGUUCCGAAAUCUGUAAUGCUAGAAAAAGAAACGCCAGACGAAGUUAAGCUGAAGCCGACCAAAAAGGUUAAACCGGAAACACCAGAAGAAGAUAUCGCCCAAGAAGAAAAGCUUAAACCAGCUGACAAGGUAAAAGCAGCGGAGCCAAACGUUGAAGAAGUUAUUCUCAAGCCUGUUCCGAAAAAAAUUAUUCCCGAAGAAGAAAUUAUUCCCGAAGAGUUGAAGCUGAAACCAGUAAAGAAGGAUAAAAUAAAAGAAGAUCAGCAGCCAGAAGAAUUUACAUGGCGUGUGGGAAAAAAGCAACCGAAAGAAGAGGCAUCAGUUGAAGAAGUAAACCUCAAGCCUAUUCCUAAAUCAAAAGCGCCAGAAGAAGAAAAAAUAGAUGAAGUCAAGCUUCAACCAGUCAAAAAGGUGAAGCCAGAAGAAGAAAUCCCUGAGGAAGUGAAACUUAAACCAGUGAAAAAGGUAAAACCAGAAGAUCUACCGUUAGAAGAAAUAGCACUCAAACCUGUGUCUAAACAAAAAGCACUUGAUGAAGAAAAGCCUGAGGAUGUAAAGCUCAAGCCAGUUAAACGGGAAAAAUCAACAGAGGAAAAGCAGCCAGAAGAAGUUACGUGGCGUGUUGGAAAGAGACGUCCGAAAGAAGAACUUUUAGUUGAAGGAGUAGAUCUUAAAGCUGUGCCAAAACCGAAAGUGUCAGAGGAAGAAAAACCUGAAGAAGUAAAACUAAAACCUGUCAAAAAGUUUGAACCAGAAGAGCCAACAGCUGAAGAAGUAGUACUCAAAUCUGUGCCUAAGCUAAAAGUACCUGAGGAAGAAAAGCUCGAGGAAUUGAAGCUUAAACCAGUUCGAAAGGAGAAACCAACUGAGGAACAGAAAUCAGAGGAAGUAUCAUGGCGUGUUGGAAAGAGGCGACCAAAAGAAGAGUCUUCUGUUGAAGAAGUAGAUCUCAAACCUAUUCCAAAACCUAGAGCACCAGAAGAUGAAAAACCUGAAGAAGUGAAGCUGAAACCAGUCAAAAAGGUCAAACCAGAAGAACCAGAAAAAGAAAUUCAAGAAGUUAAGCUUAAACCCUCAAAAAAAAUAAAACCGGAAGAACCAACAGUUGAAGACGUUGUUUUUGAACCUAUUCCAAUACAAACGGCUUUAGAAGAAGAUAAACCAGAAGAAGUUAAGCUAAAACCAGUCAAAAAAAUGAAACCCGAAAAACCAAAAGAAAAAAUUCUUGAGGAAUUAAAGCCUAAACCACUUAAAAGGAUUGUGCAAGAAGAACAAACAGUUGAAGAAGUAGUUCUUAAACCUGUGCCAAAACAGAAAGUUCCAGAAAAGGACAAGCCAGAAGAAGUGAUGCUUAAACCAGUUAAAAGAGAAAAGGCUGAAAAACCGGAAAUCGAGGAAGAAUAUAUUCCCAAAACUGAAUUAAAAUUAACCACGACUGAAAUAUCAAGCACGACAGAGAAACGUAAGAAGACUCUUAAGAAGAAAAUUGAAAAGGAAGAGCCCAUAGAAGUUGGACCCUUAAUAGUUCAGCCCAUAAAGGCCAUGACUGUAUAUGAUAGCGAUGAUUUUGAACUUGAAGUUACCUUUACACCAAAAUUAGUCGAUAAGAUUACUUGGUUCCGUAAUAAUCAAGUGAUUGCAAACAGUGACGAUUGUUUUAUAAAAAACGAAAAUGGCAAAUCAACAUUAAGAAUACAAAAAGCAAAUAAAAACAAAGUAGGCAAAUACGAAGUACUAAUAGAAAAAGAUAAUAUUGUUUUGAAAUCUGCAAGCACUAUAAAAUUAGCCAAGCAAACUGAACGAGACCAUGUUGAGCCACCCAGUUUUGUUAAACCCUUAAUGCCGAAAUACGUUCGCUUGGAAGAGAUCGUUCUGUUAGAGACCGAGGUGGAAUCCAAUCCAUGUGCAUCAUUCCAAUGGUUUAUUGGUAACAGAGAUGUUUUAAGUUACAUCAAAGAAAAUAAAAUACAUAAUAUCUACAUAACCAACAAGCAAAACGUUUCAUGUCUCUGUAUUGAAAACAUGACACAGGAAUUAUUUGGGAUAAUAACGUGUAGAGCUGAAAACUUUGGUGGAUCAGUUUCGUCGUCCGCGUCUCUUUUGUUAGAAAAGAGUAUUAAAGAGACAUCAGGAAGAGCGCCUGAAUUCCUUUCACCUUUACAAUGUACAACUGUAAUGGACGGUGACCCAAUAAUACUAAAAUGCACCAUCGACGCUGAGCCCUGGCCUAAAAUCGAUUGGUAUCAUGACGGAAACUGUAUCGAAUGGGCAAGAGAUAUAACGGUCGGUCGUCAAGAAUCUGGAUUGUGUGAAAUUUGCAUCAAAGAAGCUUUCCCAGAAAUGUCAGGCACUUACAGCUGUGUGGCUGAGAACGAAUACGGACGAAGCAUCAGCGAAUGUGUAGUGACGGUGGAAGCUUACGAAUAUGUGCCGAGCGCGUCGGAAGAAGAUAUCUUAAGCGACGAAAAAACCAGUGACAUUGAAGAAUUCGCUCCUAAGAUUGUUAAACCAUUACCCACAGUGGUAUCUGCUACCGAGGGAGAACUAACGAGGUUAGUAGCAAAAGCCAUCGGAGUUCCCACCCCCGAGAUAAGAUGGCUGAAGCAAGGAAUGGAAAUCCACCAGUCUCAGGAGUACCAGAUCGAGGAACUGGAGGAUGGCACCUCAAUGCUGAUCAUACCGGAGGUGUAUCAGGACGAUACUGGCGAGAUCUCGUUCGAAGCUACCAACGCGUUGGGCGCCGCAUCAACUGUCGCAGCUUUGUCUGUCGAGAGUGUCAUCGGUACAACCGACUAUAGGAAACCGGAAUGGGUCACGCAUAUGGAAAAUUUACAGGAGGUUCUAAAAGUGAGUCACUUCGUGCCAACAUUCGUGAAGCCACUAGUGAGCCAACGCGCGCGCGUUGAGCAAACGGUCAUUUUCACUGCACGCUACAGCGGCGUGCCUAAGCCAGAUAUCGUUUGGUACAAAGACGGCGAAGUUAUUCGGACCAACGAAACUUAUACGAUAGAAAACGACGGUGAGACAACGGUAUGCAAAAUAAUCGAGGUGACCAAACAGUCUGAAGGCACAUACCGUUGCGAAGCUGUAAGCGACGUUGGUAAGGCCUCGACUACAGCCACUUUGCGAGUGCUCGAGACGAAGGAAACUGUUGAUAAAGUCACGACAAAGAAAACGAAGAUUGUAAAGAAGGAUCAAAGAAGAGAGUUUGUUGAAGAAUUAUCUAUAUCUGCCACGGAAGAAGUUCCGAAGGAAGUCGUAGAGGAAGAAGCACCCGUUGAAGAAGACCGCGUGGGGCAAGAGCUCGAAGAAGAAAAAGUUGGCAUAGUUAUGACGAAGAAAACCAUAGUAAAGAAAGAUCUAAGAAAAGAAAAGGUGAAAGAGGUCGUAGAGGAUAUUUCCAUCUCCGCGCCAGAAGAAGAUAUUAUAGCGCCCGUUGAUGAGUCACCUGUUGAAGAAAGUAAAGUAGAUUGGGUGGAGCCUGAGCUUGUGGACGAAGAAACGGUCGAAAAAGUAACGACGAAGAAAUCUAGAAUUAUAAAGAAAGAUCAAAGAAAACAAAAAGUUAGAGAGGACGUUUUGACUUCCACGGCGGAAGAACUAAUAGUUCCGAUGGAAAUAACCGAUGAAGAGGCACCAGUUGAAGAAGAACUCGUGGAAGAAGAAACGAUUGACACAGCGGCGGUGAAGAAAACGAAAGUAAAGAAAGAUCUCAGAAAAGAAAAGCUUAAAAAGGUCGUAGAGGAUAUAUCAGUUUCAGAGGUGGAAGAAGUAAUAGUACCGCAGGAAGUCACUGAAGAGAAGGCGCCAGUCGAAGAAAGUAAGGUUGAUCGCGUGGAAGCGGAGCUCAUCAAAGAAGAAACGGUUGACAUAGUUACAACAAAGAAAACGAAAGUUAAAAAAGACGUAAGAAAAGAGAAGGUAAAAGAGGUCAUAGAAGACGUUGUGAUUUCUGCAACGGAAGAAGUUACCGAGAAAAAAGUGCCAAUAGAAGAAAAGAAAGCCGACGGCUUGGAAGCUGCACCCAUGGACGAAACGACGGACACAUUCGAGAAGGUUCCGUAUCAGAAAUGGAAAGCUACGAAAACGGUCGUAGAAGAUUCGCGAAUGGUGGCCGAAAUAAAUGAAUUGCUCGAAGUCAUUGAUGUAAAGGAAUUCGGGCCCGGCGAGUCGCCUCUGCGAGAGUUAGCGAAGAUAGGUUACAUGCUCAGGAGUGGGGCGACGACGCAAGAAAUCGAGAGCCUGUAUGACGCGCAAUGCUUCCCGGCGCUGAGAGCCCCGCAGGCGCAGUCUGCACUAGUGCGGCUCGUGGAGCGCCAAGGUCACAGCGCCCUCAUCACAGAAGCUCUUACUGAGGAAACGACGCAGUCUGAGGAUGUCAUCGCAGCCAAGGUCGGCUUCCGCGCUUUCAUGAGGAUGAUCGGUUCCAAACACGUCACCGUUGAGGAGGUGAUCACGCACUUCAGCCCGGAAGACUUCAAGCCGCGGUCUUGGGAGCACAAGGAAGCGAGCGAGGUCGUCGUUCGAUCGACGGUCGAAGAGGUUGCGGAGAAGUCAGCGAUUGAGGUUUUAAAAGAUACGACGCUCAGAACUGAGGUGAAGCAAUUGGUGGAGGAUACGAAAGAAAAAACCAAAAGCAAAAAAUCCAAAAAACAAAGAAUAGGUUCAAUAGAUGUAAUUGAAGUUGAAGAAGAUAUUACAAUAAACAGGAGGCAAGAAGAUCACCCAAAACAAAAUUCGGAAUAUGUUGAAGAUGAAGUAAUAAAAACUUUGGAAGAAGAGCACGUCCCAUUUAUUACUACUUUUGCCACAGGUAUUCAGGACAAUAAAAUUGAAGUAGUAUCAGCCAGUGAAGUGGCACAUAUUGUUCCUGAACAGCAAAAACGGAAUGAUAUAGCUAAGGUGAAGUUUGACACAAAUUAUUCCCUCACAAGCGGUAUUCAAGAAGUUCACGAUAAAGAAAAAAUAUUUAGAGUAACAGAAAAAGCUAAUACCAGGAAUGUUCACGAAUCGUACAAUGAAAUGGAAUCGCUGCAGGUUACUGAAGUAGAUGUUAAAGAUUCAGUGGAUGAAUGUCAAGUGAAUAUUAUAAAAACAGAUAGUAAGGCCCGUGAAGGUCUAGUGCCUGCAGAAAAUAUCGUUACUGCGGAGACCGUCGUAAAUUUAUCUGUUAUUGAUAUCGAUAAAGGCGAACAAAAAAAAGGAGAGACUGCCAUAUCAACCAUUAUUUUACAAGAUGCUUUGAGGGUUUCACAAGAUUUUACCGCUAUUGACGAAGUAUCUUUGGAAGACUCGAUUAUUACUAAGUCUUUUGCAGAGGUAUCUGUUACAGCGUUAACUGGCUUAAAGGUAACCCAAGUUGAAGAAGAAUCGCGGGAGCAUGAGCUACCAAACCAAAACCUUGCAAAACCAGUUACUUCAAAUAUCAAUUUCAAUUUAUUAGAAUCGGUAGAAGUUAGCGAAAUUUUCGUUGACGAUAAAUCUGGUAAAUACUACCCAGAGUUGAUUGUGCCUACGGAAACAGCUAAGAAAAAUGUGUUAGUAUCAAACCAGAUCUUCACUGAAAUUCAUGAUGUGCAAGAGAAAGAAGGAACUUUGGGUUUGCUUAAAGUACCACAUUCACAAGAAGCUAACGUAAAUAUUGUAUCAAAAGAAAGCAUCCUCGUGUCAACAAAUGAAGUUCACGAAAAAGAAGGAUCUCUGACAGUACUUAGCUUUCCAGCUGAAGCUAACGUUGAAAAAGACUUAAUAUUACAUUCUAGUUUAUGUAAUUAUAUGACUACACCUCAUAUUAAAGAGUCAGAAUUUAUACCUGACAUUUGUUCAGAGAAAAAAGCUGACGUAAGUUUUAGCGAACAUCAGCAUAAGUGUAACUUUGAAACUAGCAUUCAUGAAUCUGAAAUGACUUUAUUAGAUAGAGAAGGCUUAAUAAGUAAUCAUGCACAUGUCACUUUAUUGACCUUAGACACUAAUGUGACUGAGGAAGUUCAGGUACAUGAAAAUACAAAAGAAUCCGUUUAUGUAGAAGACAGACAUGCCGCGCAAGCACAUGUUGAUAUUGAGCAUACAGAAUCGCUGAUUACUUCAGAAACACUAGAAUUAACAGCCCCAGAAAAUUUCGAAUCUACAAAUAAAGUAGAAAGUAAAAAGGCUACGGAAGCAGUUAUCACUGAAAAUGCUAGAAUUGUAACUACACCUUUUAUACAUGACCAAGAGUCUUCGCAGUUAUUUUCAACUAAGAAUCCUGAAAAUGCGUCUGUGUCUUUAAUUCCUAACAUAUCAGUAUCUGUCUUGGAAAUGAACGCACCUGAUUCGGAAAAUAAACUUGUCAUCGAUCAAACGCCUGAAGUUUCCACUACUCUACCCACACUUACUCAUAAUUUGCGUAGUCCUGUUUCCCAAGAAGUAACUACAUCUGAUCAAGUUGAUAUUUUACAACCAUUAAACAAAAAAACCAACAACGCUAUUGAGCAAAGAGAUUUACACACAGAAGUUUCAGUUCUUCAAGCGACAGUGCAAGAGCAACUUCGAAAAUUAGAUGAUCAUCCAGUUAACAAAUCACAAGCCUAUACAACCUUUACUGAAAAUGAAAGUUUAAAUAUUAUAGAAACAGUACCUAGUUGUACGGAAAACGAUCUUACUAUUUACAAAACUGUUACGGAUAAAUAUGCAAAAAUAGACGUUGAAAUAAAUCAAAAAGCUGCGGUUGUAACUGAAAUAAAUUUACGUGAUUCUACAAUACAACUAGAAAUCCCCCAAAUGGAAUUUCGUGAAGCUGACAUAACAUCUCAAUUUAUUUAUCCCAUUCAAAUAUCUGAAAACUCUAUCUUAGAUAGUCAAGCUAUUCUAGAAGAUAUUCACGAACCAAGCUUAAAAUUCGUUAGCCAAGCGAUCGUUCCAGUACAAGGAAGUAUUAAAAUAUCUGAAAUAUUGAGUCAUGAAAAAGAAGAGCCUUAUAGCUUUGCGACACCGUCACAGCAAGUUUGUGAACCUUCAACUGAUAUUGUUAGUAGACCUGUAGCAACAUCGAUGGAAUUUGUUGCAAGCUCAAGUGUGGCAUUUACAGAUAGAUUUGACGUAUCUGAUAAAAUUUCCAAAGCCAACAUAGAAAAUUUCACUCAUAAAGAAGUCGUUAUAUCAACCGCUGAAUGUAAUGAAAAGGAAAGCACGCUAAAUUUAAUAAGUCCACACUCUGCUGCAGCAACACUUAGUAUUGAUUCUGUUCAGGCUGUUAUAACAGAUGAAGUUUCACCUGAAACAUUACCGUCAACGUUUCAAAAUCAGGAUAAUCGACGUGAAAUCUUUUUGACACCAGCUCCAAUUAUAUCCGAAGCUAUCGUACAACAAGAAGCUAUUGUUAAUUCUUCAGAACUUACUUUAGAUGUUCCAAGAGAAGUUAUAAAAUCGAAAGCCAUAGUUACAGUUGCUGCUCUUCCUGCUCCGAAGCAAAUGGAAUAUAUAACAGCAGAAAAAGAAAAUGUAUUAGUUUUAUCAAAAAUUCCAGAAGAACAAAAAGUGAAUAUACAAAUGUGUGAGCAACGUGGCUUGGAAAUUUGUGAGACCUUAUCUCAAUCCGAUAAUUUGAAUGAGACUGAUAAUUUGGUUUUCCCAAGUAGAAUAGCUCAAAUGAAAUUAGAUGAUAUCUAUGGUAAAUCUGCUAAAGUAGAAGAGGUUACUGUCAUUCAAUCCGAAAAAGAGUUUACUCAAGAUAUUCCUAAACAAAAACCUGAAAUAAAAUGUAGUGACUUUUUCAAUUUAGAACAAACAGAAACAGUACUGGCAGAUAGCGAAGGUAUAUUUUUGCACGAAAACCCAUUAAAAUAUAAUGUUACGUCAAAAUUCGUUGAAUUACAAUCUAUUAUAGAAAGUUCUAUUAAUACAACCGAAAAAGAGAAAGAAUUUGAUAAUCAGUUCGUUUUGCCUAGUCAUGGUGCUUCCUUUCAAUUCCUACCUUAUACUGAAAUUAUUAGCACUGAAGUAAAUGUAUCUAAUAAGGCAGAAAAUAUUGAACCUGAGGAAGUACCUGGAAAAAGAGUUUUGAAAACGAAUGUGGAAUCACAAACAGCCGUAGAUGUAACAGAAGUUUUGGUUGGAGAGUCAGAAUCUUCCUUUAAUGAAGUCCCGUUUGCAAAAUCACAUACAAUUAUACCUGAACAAAAUAUUUCGCUAAAUGCCUCUUUAGGAACAACCGAAACUGUUGUUAGUGAAAAAGAAAGUCAGCUUGUACAAUUAGAUAAUGCAAAACCGCAAAAUGCAGAUUGUAGUAUCAAAUCAUCACAAUACCUUCACGUAUCAGAAGAGGUGGUAGCUGAGAUGGAGAGUAAAUUAAACGUGGAUAAAAUAUCAACAUCGGCUAUUAAAAAUGUUACUUUUGACACUCUUCAACAUAUAAAUAUUGACGUUUGUCAUGUAUCUGAAUAUGAAGACGUGAUUGAAAAAUUAGAUUAUGCUACAAAACAAAUAAAAGAUUAUAGUAUAGAUACUGUAACACCUUUAUAUACUAGUGAAGUGGAACUUGAAGAAAGACCAGAGGAUUUAUUGAGGGUUACCGAAAUACGAAAGGAAAAGCCAUUAUCUAGUAUGGAAAUGGGUGACCAUAUUAAUACUAUAGAAAUCAUUCCUCUAGAAAAAGGAGAACUCUUACAGCAAAUAUCACUCGAUAAAACAGAAAGUAUAUCUGGGAAUAUUGAACCAGCAAGACAUAUUACAGUACUUGAAAUAGAAUCUAUAGAAAAAGAGCAGUCCUUAGAUAACAAUCCAGAACAACAACCGAGACAUGUCAACUUUUCGGUUAAAAGUAUGUCGUCCAUUGUAGUUCAAGAAGUACUUCCAAAAGAAUCAGAAUUUAUACUACCACAACAAAAUUUACCAAACGAAGAAAAAACAUAUUUACAGUUAGAUUCGCAACAGCACGUUAUAAUUACAGAUGUCUUUCCUGAUGAAAAAGAAGAAAUCUUUACAUCUAAAACUCAUCCUAUCACUAGGGAGCAAACAUUAGGUAUUAAAACAACUAGUCAUAUUUUAACAAGUGAAAACGUAGCUAUCCAAGAUGCUUUGAAAUUAGAUGAAUCCAAAGAGACAAAGAGUGAGAAAGCUAAAGAAAUUCAAGUUGUCGUAGAAAGCGUAAAUAAAGAAGAGCAACAGGUAAUUGAAAGUAUAGGUAAGCUUGAUAUAUCCAAAGAGUUAGUCAAGUGUUUUGCUAGGGAAGACAUUUCUGGUUAUAAAGCUGCGGAAUGUACAGAAGUUUUUGUUCAUGAAAAAUCUGAUACCUUCCACAAACAGCCUAGUAAGGAAGAAAACGUGGUGGCAACUCAUACUACUGAAAAAGAAGUUAUAACUUCUUCACCCCAUGUUAUUGAAAGUAUACUUGAACUGCCUGACAACCGCGUCGCGCAGAAUUCUCCCAAGUUUGAAUUUGAAGUCAGUAAAAACUUACUUAUUACAGAAGAAAACAUUAUUCAAGAAUUUCCUGAAACUUUGAUUCCGUUCAAAGAUAUUCCAAGGAAAGCUGAUGAACAAAUAAUGGAACUAAAAAGCAUUAAUCAGACUGAAAUUGUGUUAGAUGAGAAACCGCAAUCUUUAGAUAAAACUAAAACCUUCAUGACUCAGAAAGCAGAACAAACACCAAUUAUCUCAGAAGGUCUGCACGCUACAAAACAGCAAAUACUAGAAAGUACAAGUGAUAUUAUAUCAUUAUCCUCUGAGCCUAUUAAAGGUAAUCUCAAUCUAGACUCUCUUUCGACUUUGGUUGUUACUGAAAGUUUUUGUGAGGAAUCCGUCUCAGAUGUCCCAAAGGAAUCAAUUAAGAAAACUAACGUCAAAGAAGACCUUUUAGUUUUAAAAACUAUUCAACAAACAGAAGUUGUUGCUGAUGAAAGCACCGAUUAUAUUACGGAGGCAAAAGAGGAACUAAAAACUGCCGAAGUUAAACCUAUCACAGAAACACCUAAAUACGUAGAAACUUACACCAUAUUGCGGGAAGAUAGUCAUAUUAUUGAAGAAGAUCGUCUUCAUUCCAUUUCACCUAAAUCAUCAGAUAUAGAGGAAUCUGAAGAAAUUGUCACAAAAUUCAUGCAAGGCCCAGGACAAAGUGAACCUGUGCAAAUUAAAACAAAAAGAACUAUAUUGAGAAAAAAGAAGAGAUCAAACAACAUUCAAAAUGAAGGUGAUGUCGUAAUAGAAGAAACAAUGGACGAUGAUGACGACAUAGUACCAUCGAAAGAUUCAGGUCACACUGUCAAAAUAGAAGAAUACGAAGGAGAAGAAAUUCUAGAUAAUGCAUCAUCAGAUAGGAGCAUGGUUGAACUACCCGAUGAACAUCUGCAUAUACCGAGAAUGCAAACAAGAGUAUGCAUUGAAGAAAUGCUGGAAGAUGAGAAAAAACCUGAAAACAUUGAAAUUACUGAAAUAAGAACUGAAUCGAAGAUAAAAACAAAAAAUCGGUUGUUAAGAAAAGAAAAAGUCCGUACGCAAGAAGUUGGUGAAAUGUUAACCGAUGAUACAGAUGGAGGAGAAUCAAUAACAACUAUAACAGAACUCACACCUUUUGAGGCCCCAACUAUGCUAGAAAACGCCAACGUUGUCGAAGAGCAACCUGAAGAAGUUCAAGUGACUAAAACAAAAACUGAAACCGGCGAAACAAACAAGGUCAAAACAACAAAACGAAUAAAUAAAAAGGGAAAAGAUACUAAGAAGGAAGUGACUGAGAUCGUUACGGUGGAGGAGGAUAGAGAAGAACCACUUACAAGUGUAACAGUCUCAGAGCAGCAGGAACCGAAAGACCAAGAGACCAAACCCGUUGAGAUCCUCGAGCUUCCUGAGGAGACUACAUUCGCAGAGAUCGUGACAGCUGAAGGUAAGCCAAAAGUAAAGAAAAUCACAAAGCGCACAAUCAAAAAGAUAGGUCCUAAAAAGGAAACUACCCAAAUUACCACUGAACAAGUCGACGAUAACACACCUGUUGUCACGGUACACACCACACAAGAUCUCACAGAUGAGACACAGACUCCUUUUGAAGACUCACCGAGACCGGAAAGCGCCGAGGUUAUCGAGGAGCAACCUGAACAAGUCACAGUGACUGAAAUCAAAACUGAAACUGGUGAAACAAAAAAGAUAAAAACCACCAAACGUGUUAUUAAAAAAGGAAAAGGCACUAAGAAGGAAGUAACUGAGAUCGUUACGGUGGAGAAAGACGGAGAAGAGCCAGUCACAAGUGUGUCAGUCUCAGAGGAGCAAGAACCAAAAGACGAAGAGACAAAACCCGUUGAGAUCGUUGAGCUUCCCGAAGAGACUACAUUCGAAGAGAUCGUGACACCUGAAGGUAAGCCCAAAGUAAAGAAAAUCACUAAACGCACAAUCAAAAAGCUAGGUCCUAAAAAGGAAACUACCCAAAUAAUCACUGAACAAGUUGACGAUAACACACCUGUUGUCACGGUAAACACCACACAAGAUCUGACAGAUAAAACACUGACACCUUUUGAAGACUCACCGAUACCGGAAAGCGCAGAUGUUAUAGAAGAGCAACCUGAACAAGUCAAAGUGACUGAAAUCAAAACUGAAACUGGUGAAAAAAAGAAGAUAAAAACAACGAAACGAGUAAUUAAAAAAGGAAAAGGCACUAAAAAGGAAGUAACUGAGAUCGUUACGGUGGAGAAAGACGGAGAGGAGCCAGUCACAAGUGUGACAGUCUCAGAGGAGCAAGUACCAGAGGAAGAAGAGACCAAACCCGUUGAGAUCGUCGAGCUUCCCGAGGAGACUACAUUCGAAGAGAUCGUGACACCCGAAGGUAAGCCCAAAGUAAAGAAAAUCACUAAACGCACAAUCAAAAAGCUAGGUCCUAAAAAGGAAACUACCCAAAUAACCACUGAACAAGUCGACGAUAACACACCUGUUGUCACGGUACACACCACACAAGAUCUCACAGAUGAGACAGUGACACCUUUUGAAGACUCACCGAGACCGGAAAGCGCAGAGGUUAUCGAGGAGCAACCUGAACAAGUCAAAGUGACUGAAAUCAAAACUGAAACUGGUGAAACAAACAAGAUAAAAACCCCCAAACGUGUGAUUAAAAAAGGAAAAGGCACUAAAAAGGAAGUAACUGAGAUCGUUACGGUGGAGAAAGACGGAGAAGAGCCCGUCACAAGUGUGACAGUCUCAGAGGAGCAAGAACCAGAGGAAGAAGAGACGAAACCCGUUGAGAUCGUCGAGCUUCCCGAGGAGACUACAUUCGAAGAGAUCGUGACACCCGAAGGUAAGCCCAAAGUAAAGAAAAUCACUAAACGCACAAUCAAAAAGCUAGGUCCUAAAAAGGAAACUACCCUAAUAACCACUGAACAAGUCGACGAUAGCACACCUGUUGUCACGGUACACACCACACAAGAUCUCACAGAUGAAACACUGACACCUUUUGAAGACUCAUCGCGACCGGAAAGCGCCGAGGUUAUCGAGGAGCAACACGAACAAGUCAAAGUGACUGAAAUCAAAACUGAAACUGGUGAAACAAAGAAGAUAAAAACAACCAAACGUGUGAUUAAAAAAGGAAAAGGCACGAAAAACGAAGUUACUGAGAUCGUUACGGUGGAAAAAGACGGAGAAAAGCCAGUCACGAGUGUGACAGUCUCAGAGGAGCAAGUACCAGAGGAAGAAGAGACGAAACCCGUUGAGAUCGUCGAGCUUCCCGAGGAGACUACAUUCGAAGAGAUCGUGACACCUGAAGGUAAGCCCAAAGUAAAGAAAAUCACUAAACGCACAAUCAAAAAGUUAGGUCCCAAAAAGGAAACUACCCAAAUAACCACUGAACAAGUCGACGAUAACACACCUGUUGUCACGGUACACACCACACAAGAUCUCACAGAUGAGACACUGACACCUUUUGAAGACUCACCGAUACCGGAAAGCGCAGAUGUUAUAGAAGAGCAACCUGAACAAGUCAAAGUGACUGAAAUCAAAACUGAAACUGGUGAAACAAAGAAGAUAAAAACCACCAAACGUGUGAUUAAAAAAGGAAAAGGCACUAAAAAGGAAGUAACUGAGAUCGUUACGGUGGAGAAAGACGGAGAGGAGCCAGUCACAAGUGUGACAGUCUCAGAGGAGCAAGUACCAGAGGAAGAAGAGGCAAAACCCGUUGAAAUCUUCGAGCUUCCCGAGGAGACUACAUUCGAAGAGAUCGUGACACCUGAAGGUAAGCCCAAAGUUAAGAAAAUCACUAAACGCACAAUCAAAAAGCUAGGUCCUAAAAAGGAAACUACCCAAAUAACCACUGAACAAGUCGACGAUAACACACCUGUUGUCACGGUACACACCACACAAGAUCUCACAGAUGAGACACUGACUCCUUUUGAAGACUCACCGAGACCGGAAAGCGCAGAGGUUAUCGAAGAGCAACCUGAACAAGUCAAUGUGACUGAAAUCAAAACUGAAACUGGUGAAACAAAGAAGAUAAAAACCACCAAACGUGUGAUUAAAAGAGGAAAAGGCACUAAAAAGGAAGUAACUGAGAUCGUUACGGUGGAGAAAGACGGAGAGGAGCCAGUCACAAGUGUGACAGUCUCAGAGGAGCAAGUACCAGAGGAAGAAGAGACCAAACCCGUUGAGAUCGUCGAGCUUCCCGAGGAGACUACAUUCGAAGAGAUCGUGACACCCGAAGGUAAGCCCAAAGUAAAGAAAAUCACUAAACGCACAAUCAAAAAGCUAGGUCCUAAAAAGGAAACUACCCAAAUAACUACGGAACAAGUCGACGAUAACACACCUGUUGUCACGGUACACACCACACAAGAUCUCACAGAUGAAACACUGACAUCUUUUGAAGACUCACCGAGACCGGAAAGCGCAGAGGUUAUCGAAGAGCAACCUGAACAAGUCAAAGUGACUGAAAUCAAAACUGAAACUGGUGAAACAAAGAAGAUAAAAACCACCAAACGUGUGAUUAAAAAAGGAAAAGGCACUAAAAAGGAAGUAACUGAGAUCGUUACGGUGGAGAAAGACGGAGAAGAGCCAGUCACAAGUGUGACAGUCUCAGAGGAGCAAGUACCAGAGGAAGAAGAGGCAAAACCCGUUGAAAUCUUCGAGCUUCCCGAGGAGACUACAUUCGAAGAGAUCGUGACACCUGAAGGUAAGCCCAAAGUUAAGAAAAUCACUAAACGCACAAUCAAAAAGCUAGGUCCUAAAAAGGAAACUACCCAAAUAACCACUGAACAAGUCGACGAUAACACACCUGUUGUCACGGUACACACCACACAAGAUCUCACAGAUGAGACACUGACUCCUUUUGAAGACUCACCGAGACCGGAAAGCGCAGAGGUUAUCGAAGAGCAACCUGAACAAGUCAAUGUGACUGAAAUCAAAACUGAAACUGGUGAAACAAAGAAGAUAAAAACCACCAAACGUGUGAUUAAAAGAGGAAAAGGCACUAAAAAGGAAGUAACUGAGAUCGUUACGGUGGAGAAAGACGGAGAGGAGCCAGUCACAAGUGUGACAGUCUCAGAGGAGCAAGUACCAGAGGAAGAAGAGACCAAACCCGUUGAGAUCGUCGAGCUUCCCGAGGAGACUACAUUCGAAGAGAUCGUGACACCCGAAGGUAAGCCCAAAGUAAAGAAAAUCACUAAACGCACAAUCAAAAAGCUAGGUCCUAAAAAGGAAACUACCCAAAUAACUACGGAACAAGUCGACGAUAACACACCUGUUGUCACGGUACACACCACACAAGAUCUCACAGAUGAAACACUGACAUCUUUUGAAGACUCACCGAGACCGGAAAGCGCAGAGGUUAUCGAAGAGCAACCUGAACAAGUCAAAGUGACUGAAAUCAAAACUGAAACUGGUGAAACAAAGAAGAUAAAAACCACCAAACGUGUGAUUAAAAAAGGAAAAGGCACUAAAAAGGAAGUAACUGAGAUCGUUACGGUGGAGAAAGACGGAGAGGAGCCAGUCACAAGUGUGACAGUCUCAGAGGAGCAAGUACCAGAGGAAGAAGAGACCAAACCCGUUGAGAUCGUCGAGCUUCCCGAGGAGACUACAUUCGAAGAGAUCGUGACACCUGAAGGUAAGCCCAAAGUAAAGAAAAUCACUAAACGCACGAUUAAAAAGCUAGGUCCCAAAAAGGAAACUACCCAAAUAACCACUGAACAAGUCGACGAUAACACACCUGUUGUCACGGUACACACCACACAAGAUCUCACAGAUGAGAAACUGACACCUUUUGAAGACUCAUCGCGACCGGAAAGCGCCGAGGUUAUCGAGGAGCAACCUGAACAAGUCAAAGUGACUGAAAUCAAAACUGAAACUGGUGAAACCAAGAAGGUAAAAACCACCAAACGUGUGAUUAAAAAAGGAAAAGGCACUAAAAAGGAAGUAACUGAGAUCGUUACGGUGGAGAACGACGGAGAAGAGCCAGUCACAAGUGUGACAGUCUCAGAGGAGCAAGUACUAGAGGAAGAAGAGACAAAACCCGUUGAGAUCGUCGAGCUUCCCGAGGAGACUACAUUCGAAGAGAUCGUGACACCUGAAGGUAAGCCCAAAGUAAAGAAAAUCACUAAACGCACAAUCAAAAAGCUAGGUCCUAAAAAGGAAACUACCCAAAUAACCACUGAACAAGUCGACGAUAACACACCUGUUGUCACGGUACACACCACACAAGAUCUCACAGAUGAGACACUGACACCUUUUGAAGACUCACCGAGACCGGAAAGCGCCGAGGUUAUCGAGGAGCAACCUGAACAAGUCACAGUGACUGAAAUCAAAACUGAAACUGGUGAAACAAAAAAGAUAAAAACCACCAAACGUCUGAUUAAAAAAGGAAAAGGCACGAAAAAGGAAGUUACUGAGAUCGUUACGGUGGAGAAAGACGGAGAAGAGCCAGUCACAAGUGUGACAGUCUCAGAGGAGCAAGUACCAGAGGAAGAAGAGACCAAACCCGUUGAGAUCGUCGAGCUUCCCGAGGAGACUACAUUCGAAGAGAUCGUGACACCCGAAGGUAAGCCCAAAGUAAAGAAAAUCACUAAACGCACAAUCAAAAAGCUAGGUCCUAAAAAGGAAACUACCCUAAUAACCACUGAACAAGUCGACGAUAACACACCUGUUGUCACGGUACACACCACACAAGAUCUCACAGAUGAAACACUGACACCUUUUGAAGACUCAUCGCGACCGGAAAGCGCCGAGGUUAUCGAGGAGCAACCUGAACAAGUCAAAGUGACUGAAAUCAAAACUGAAACUGGUGAAACAAAGAAGAUAAAAACCACCAAACGUGUGAUUAAAAAAGGAAAAGGCACGAAAAACGAAGUUACUGAGAUCGUAACGGUGGAAAAAGACGGAGAAGAGCCAGUCACGAGUGUGACAGUCUCAGAGGAGCAAGUACUAGUGGAAGAAGAGACGAAACCCGUUAAGAUCGUCGAGCUUCCCGAGGAGACUACAUUCGAAGAGAUCGUGACACCUGAAGGUAAGCCCAAAGUAAAGAAAAUCACUAAACGCACAAUCAAAAAGCUAGGUCCCAAAAAGGAAACUACCCAAAUAACCACUGAACAAGUCGACGAUAACACACCUGUUGUCACGGUACACACCACACAAGAUCUCACAGAUGAGACACUGACAUCUUUUGAAGACUCACCGAGACCGGAAAGCGCAGAGGUUAUCGAAGAGCAACCUGAACAAGUCAAAGUGACUGAAAUCAAAACUGAAACUGGUGAAACAAAGAAGAUAAAAACCACCAAACGUGUGAUUAAAAAAGGAAAAGGAACUAAAAAAGAAGUAACUGAGAUCGUUACGGUGGAGAAAGACGGAGAAGAGCCCGUCACAAGUGUGACAGUCUCAGAGGAGCAAGUACCAGAGGAAGAAGAGACGAAACCCGUUGAGAUCGUCGAGCUUCCCGAGGAGACUACAUUCGAAGAGAUCGUGACACCUGAAGGUAAGCCAAAAGUAAAGAAAAUCACUAAACGUACAAUCAAAAAGCUAGGUCCCAAAAAGGAAACUACCCAAAUAAUCACUGAACAAGUUGACGAUAACACACCUGUUGUCACGGUAAACACCACACAAGAUCUGACAGAUAAAACACUGACACCUUUUGAAGACUCACCGAUACCGGAAAGCGCAGAUGUUAUAGAAGAGCAACCUGAACAAGUCAAAGUGACUGAAAUCAAAACUGAAACUGGUGAAAAAAAGAAGAUAAAAACAACGAAACGAGUAAUUAAAAAAGGAAAAGGCACUAAAAAGGAAGUAACUGAGAUCGUUACGGUGGAGAACGACGGAGAAGAGCCAGUCACAAGUGUGACAGUCUCAGAGGAGCAAGAACCAGAGGAAGAAGAGGCAAAACCCGUUGAGAUCGUCGAGCUUCCCGAGGAGACUACAUUCGAAGAGAUCGUGACACCUGAAGGUAAGCCCAAAGUAAAUAAAAUCACUAAACGCACAAUCAAAAAGCUAGGUCCUAAAAAGGAAACUACCCAAAUAACCACUGAACAAGUCGACGAUAACACACCUGUUGUCACGGUACACACCACACAAGAUCUCACAGAUGAGACAGUGACACCUUUUGAAGACUCACCGAGACCGGAAAGCGCAGAGGUUAUCGAGGAGCAACCUGAACAAGUCAAAGUGACUGAAAUCAAAACUGAAACUGGUGAAACAAACAAGAUAAAAACCCCCAAACGUGUGAUUAAAAAAGGAAAAGGCACUAAAAAGGAAGUAACUGAGAUCGUUACGGUGGAGAAAGACGGAGAAGAGCCCGUCACAAGUGUGACAGUCUCAGAGGAGCAAGAACCAGAGGAAGAAGAGACGAAACCCGUUGAGAUCGUCGAGCUUCCCGAGGAGACUACAUUCGAAGAGAUCGUGACACCCGAAGGUAAGCCCAAAGUAAAGAAAAUCACUAAACGCACAAUCAAAAAGCUAGGUCCUAAAAAGGAAACUACCCUAAUAACCACUGAACAAGUCGACGAUAGCACACCUGUUGUCACGGUACACACCACACAAGAUCUCACAGAUGAAACACUGACACCUUUUGAAGACUCAUCGCGACCGGAAAGCGCCGAGGUUAUCGAGGAGCAACACGAACAAGUCAAAGUGACUGAAAUCAAAACUGAAACUGGUGAAACAAAGAAGAUAAAAACAACCAAACGUGUGAUUAAAAAAGGAAAAGGCACGAAAAACGAAGUUACUGAGAUCGUUACGGUGGAAAAAGACGGAGAAAAGCCAGUCACGAGUGUGACAGUCUCAGAGGAGCAAGUACCAGAGGAAGAAGAGACGAAACCCGUUGAGAUCGUCGAGCUUCCCGAGGAGACUACAUUCGAAGAGAUCGUGACACCUGAAGGUAAGCCCAAAGUAAAGAAAAUCACUAAACGCACAAUCAAAAAGUUAGGUCCCAAAAAGGAAACUACCCAAAUAACCACUGAACAAGUCGACGAUAACACACCUGUUGUCACGGUACACACCACACAAGAUCUCACAGAUGAGACACUGACACCUUUUGAAGACUCAUCGCGACCGGAAAGCGCCGAGGUUAUCGAGGAGCAACCUGAACAAGUCAAAGUGACUGAAAUCAAAACUGAAACUGGUGAAACAACGAAGAUAAAAACCACCAAACGUGUGAUUAAAAAAGGAAAAGGCACGAAAAAGGAAGUAACUGAGAUUGUUACGGUAGAGAAAGACGGAGAAAAGCCAGUCACAAGUGUGACAGUCUCAGAGGAGCAAGUACCAGAGGAAGAAGAGGCAAAACCCGUUGAAAUCUUCGAGCUUCCCGAGGAGACUACAUUCGAAGAGAUCGUGACACCUGAAGGUAAGCCCAAAGUAAAGAAAAUCACUAAACGCACAAUCAAAAAGCUAGGUCCUAAAAAGGAAACUACCCAAAUAACCACUGAACAAGUCGACGAUAACACACCUGUUGUCACGGUACACACCACACAAGAUCUCACAGAUGAGACACUGACACCUUUUGAAGACUCACCGAGACCGGAAAGCGCAGAGGUUAUCGAGGAGCAACCUGAACAAGUAAAAAUGACUGAAAUCAAAACUGAAACUGGUGAAACCAAGAAGGUAAAAAUCACCAAACGUGUGAUUAAAAAAGGAAAAGGAACUAAAAAGGAAGUAACUGAGAUCGUUACGUUGGAAAAAGACGGAGAAGAGCCAGUCACAAGUGUGACAGUCUCAGAGGAGCAAGUACCAGAGGAAGAAGAGACAAAACCCGUUGAGAUCGUCGAGCUUCCCGAGGAGACUACAUUCGAAGAGAUCGUGACACCUGAAGGUAAGCCUAAAGUAAAAAAAAUCACUAAACGCACAAUCAAAAAGCUAGGUCCUAAAAAGGAAACUACCCAAAUAACCACUGAACAAGUCGACGAUAACACACCUGUUGUCACGGUACACACCACACAAGAUCUCACAGAUGAAACACUGACACCUUUUGAAGACUCACCGAGACCGGAAAGCGCCGAGGUUAUCGAGGAGCAACCUGAACAAGUCACAGUGACUGAAAUCAAAACUGAAACUGGUGAAACAAAAAAGAUAAAAACCACCAAACGUCUGAUUAAAAAAGGAAAAGGCACGAAAAAGGAAGUUACUGAGAUCGUUACGGUGGAGAAAGACGGAGAAGAGCCAGUCACAAGUGUGACAGUCUCAGAGGAGCAAGUACCAGAGGAAGAAGGGACAAAACCCGUUGAGAUCGUCGAGCUUCCCGAGGAGACUACAUUCGAAGAGAUCGUGACACCUGAAGGUAAGCCCAAAGUAAAGAAAAUCACUAAACGCACAAUCAAAAAGCUAGGUCCUAAAAAGGAAACUACCCAAAUAACCACUGAACAAGUCGACGAUAACACACCUGUUGUCACGGUACACACCACACAAGAUCUCACAGAUGAAACACUGACACCUUUUGAAGACUCACCGAGACCGGAAAGCGCAGAGGUUAUCGAAGAGCAACCUGAACAAGUCAAAGUGACUGAAAUCAAAACUGAAACUGGUGAAACAAAGAAGAUAAAAACCACCAAACGUGUGAUUAAAAAAGGAAAAGGAACUAAAAAGGAAGUAACUGAGAUCGUUACGUUGGAAAAAGACGGAGAAGAGCCAGUCACAAGUGUGACAGUCUCAGAGGAGCAAGUACCAGAGGAAGAAGAGACAAAACCCGUUGAGAUCGUCAAACUUCCCGAGGAGACUACAUUCGAAGAGAUCGUGACACCUGAAGGUAAGCCCAAAGUAAAGAAAAUCACUAAACGCACAAUCAAAAAGCUAGGUCCUAAAAAGGAAACUACCCAAAUAACCACUGAACAAGUCGACGAUAACACACCUGUUGUCACGGUACACACCACACAAGAUCUCACAGAUGAAACACUGACACCUUUUGAAGACUCACCGAGACCGGAAAGCGCAGAGGUUAUCGAAGAGCAACCUGAACAAGUCAAAGUGACUGAAAUCAAAACUGAAACUGGUGAAACAAAGAAGAUAAAAACCACCAAACGUGUGAUUAAAAAAGGAAAAGGAACUAAAAAGGAAGUAACUGAGAUCGUAACGGUGGAGAAAGACGGAGAAGAGCCAGUCACAAGUGUGAUAGUCUCAGAGGAGCAAGUACCAGAGGAAGAAGAGACGAAACCCGUUGAGAUCGUCGAGCUUCCCGAGGAGACUACAUUCGAAGAGAUCGUGACACCUGAAGGUAAGCCCAAAGUAAAGAAAAUCACUAAACGCACAAUCAAAAAGCUAGGUCCUAAAAAGGAAACUACCCUAAUAACCACUGAACAAGUCGACGAUAACACACCUGUUGUCACGGUACACACCACACAAGAUCUCACAGAUGAGACACUGACACCUUUUGAAGACUCACCGAGACCGGAAAGCGCAGAGGUUAUCGAGGAGCAACCUGAACAAGUCAAAGUGACUGAAAUCAAAACUGAAACUGGUGAAACCAAGAAGGUAAAAACCACCAAACGUGUGAUUAAAAAAGGAAAAGGCACUAAAAAGCAAGUAACUGAGAUCGUUACGGUGGAGAAAGACGGAGAAGAGCCCGUCACAAGUGUGACAGUCUCAGAGGAGCAAGAACCAGAGGAAGAAGAGGCAAAACCCGUUGAAAUCGUCGAGCUUCCCGAGGAGACUACAUUCGAAGAGAUCGUGACACCUGAAGGUAAGCCCAAAGUAAAGAAAAUCACUAAACGCACAAUCAAAAAGCUAGGUCCUAAAAAGGAAACUACCCAAAUAACCACUGAACAAGUCGACGAUAACACACCUGUUGUCACGGUACACACCACACAAGAUCUCACAGAUGAGACACUGACACCUUUUGAAGACUCACCGAGACCGGAAAGCGCAGAGGUUAUCGAGGAGCAACCUGAACAAGUCAAAGUGACUGAAAUCAAAACUGAAACUGGUGAAACCAAGAAGGUAAAAACCACCAAACGUGUGAUUAAAAAAGGAAAAGGCACUAAAAAGGAAGUAACUGAGAUCGUUACGGUGGAGAAAGAUGGAGAAGAGCCCGUCACAAGUGUGACAGUCUCAGAGGAGCAAGAGCCAGAGGAAGAAGAGACGAAACCCGUUGAGAUCAUCGAGCUUCCCGAGGAGACUACAUUCGAAGAGAUUGUGACACCUGAAGGUAAGUCCAAAGUAAAGAAAAUCACUAAACGCACAAUCAAAAAGCUAGGUCCCAAAAAUGAAACUACCCAAAUAACCACUGAACAAGUCGACGAUAACACACCUGUUGUCACGGUACACACCACACAAGAUCUCACAGAUGAAACACUGACACCUUUUGAAGACUCACCGAGACCGGAAAGCGCAGAGGUUAUCAAAGAGCAACCUGAACAAGUCAAAGUGACUGAAAUCAAAACUGAAACUGGUGAAACAAAGAAGAUAAAAACCACCAAACGUGUGAUUAAAAAAGGAAAAGGCACUAAAAAGGAAGUAACUGAGAUCGUUACGGUGGAGAAAGACGGAGAAGAGCCAGUCACAAGUGUGACAGUCUCAGAGGAGCAAGUUCCAGAGGAAGAAGAGACCAAACCCGUUGAGAUCGUCGAGCUUCCCGAGGAGACUACAUUCGAAGAGAUCGUGACACCCGAAGGUAAGCCCAAAGUAAAGAAAAUCACUAAACGCACAAUCAAAAAGCUAGGUCCUAAAAAGGAAACUACCCAAAUAACUACGGAACAAGUCGACGAUAACACACCUGUUGUCACGGUACACACCACACAAGAUCUCACAGAUGAAACACUGACACCUUAUGAAGACUCACCGAGACCGGAAAGCGCAGAGGUUAUCGAAGAGCAACCUGAACAAGUCAAAGUGACUGAAAUCAAAACUGAAACUGGUGAAACAAAGAAGAUAAAAACCACCAAACGUGUGAUUAAAAAAGGAAAAGGCACUAAAAAGGAAGUAACUGAGAUCGUUACGGUGGAGAAAGAUGGAGAAGAGCCCGUCACAAGUGUGACAGUCUCAGAGGAGCAAGAACCAGAGGAAGAAGAGACGAAACCCGUUGAGAUCAUCGAGCUUCCCGAGGAGACUACAUUCGAAGAGAUCGUGUCACCUGAAGGUAAGCCCAAAGUAAAGAAAAUCACUAAACGCACGAUUAAAAAGCUAGGUCCUAAAAAGGAAACUACCCAAAUAACCACUGAACAAGUCGACGAUAACACACCUGUUGUCACAAUACACACCACACAAGAUCUCACAGAUGAAACACUGACACCGUUUGAAGACUCACCGAGACCGGAAAGCGCAGAGGUUAUCGAAGAGCAACCUAAACAAGUCAAAGUGACUGAAAUCAAAACUGAAACUGGUGAAACAAAGAAGAUAAAAACCACCAAACGUGUGAUUAAAAAAGGAAAGGGCACGAAAAAGGAAGUAACUGAGAUUGUUACGGUAGAGAAAGACGGAGAAAAGCCAGUCACAAGUGUGACAGUCUCAGAGGAGCAAGUACCAGAGGAAGAAGAGGCAAAACCCGUUGAAAUCGUCGAGCUUCCCGAGGAGACUACAUUCGAAGAGAUCGUGACACCUGAUGGUAAGCCCAAAGUAAAGAAAAUCACUAAACGCACAAUCAAAAAGCUAGGUCCCAAAAAGGAAACUACCCAAAUAACCACUGAACAAGUCGACGAUAACACACCUGUUGUCACGGUACACACCACACAGGAUCUCACAGAUGAAACACUGACACCUUUUGAAGACUCACCGAGACAGGAAAGCGCAGAGGUUAUCGAAGAGCAACCUGAACAAGUCAAAGUGACUGAAAUCAAAACUGAAACUGGUGAAACAAAGAAGAUAAAAACCACUAAACGUGUGAUUAAAAAAGGAAAAGGCACUAAAAAGGUUGUAACUGAGAUCGUUACGGUGGAAAAAGACGGAGAAGAGCCAGUCACAAGUGUGACAGUCUCAGAGGAGCAAGUACCAGAGGAAGAAGAGACAAAAACCGUUGAGAUCGUCGAGCUUCCCGAGGAGACUACAUUCGAAGAGAUCGUGACACCUGAAGGUAAGCCCAAAGUAAAGAAAAUCACUAAACGCACAAUCAAAAAGCUAGGUCCUAAAAAGGAAACUACCCAAAUAACCACUGAACAAGUCGACGAUAACACACCUGUUGUCACGGUACACACCACACAAGAUCUCACAGAUGAAACACUGACACCUUUUGAAGACUCACCGAGACCGGAAAGCGCAGAGGUUAUCGAAGAGCAACCUGAACAAGUCAAAGUGACUGAAAUCAUAACUGAAACUGGUGAAACAAAGAAGAUAAAAACCACCAAACGUGUGAUUAAAAAAGGAAAAGGAACUAAAAAGGAAGUAACUGAGAUCGUUACGGUGGAAAAAGACGGAGAAGAGCCAGUCACAAGUGUGACAGUCUCAGAGGAGCAAGUACCAGAUGAAGAAGAGACAAAACCCGUUGAGAUCGUCGAGCUUCCCGAGGAGACUACAUUCGAAGAGAUCGUGACACCUGAAGGUAAGCCCAAAGUAAAGAAAAUCACUAAACGCACAAUCAAAAAGCUAGGUCCUAAAAAGGAAACUACCCAAAUAACCACUGAACAAGUCGACGAUAACACACCUGUUGUCACGGUACACACCACACAAGAUCUCACAGAUGAAACACUGACACCUUUUGAAGACUCACCGAGACCGGAAAGCGCAGAGGUUAUCGAAGAGCAACCUGAACAAGUCAAAGUGACUGAAAUCAAAACUGAAACUGGUGAAACAAAGAAGAUAAAAACCACCAAACGUGUGAUUAAAAAAGGAAAAGGAACUAAAAAGGAAGUAACUGAGAUCGUAACGGUGGAGAAAGACGGAGAAGAGCCAGUCACAAGUGUGAUAGUCUCAGAGGAGCAAGUACCAGAGGAAGAAGAGACGAAACCCGUUGAGAUCGUCGAGCUUCCCGAGGAGACUACAUUCGAAGAGAUCGUGACACCUGAAGGUAAGCCCAAAGUAAAGAAAAUCACUAAACGCACAAUCAAAAAGCUAGGUCCUAAAAAGGAAACUACCCAAAUAACCACUGAACAAGUCGACGAUAACACACCUGUUGUCACGGUACACACCACACAAGAUCUCACAGAUGAAACACUGACACCUUUUGAAGACUCACCGAGACAGGAAAGCGCAGAGGUUAUCGAAGAGCAACCUGAACAAGUCAAAGUGACUGAAAUCAAAACUGAAACUGGUGAAACCAAGAAGGUAAAAACCACCAAACGUGUGAUUAAAAAAGGAAAAGGAACUAAAAAGGAAGUAACUGAGAUCGUUACGGUGGAAAAAGACGGAGAAGAGCCAGUCACAAGUGUGACAGUCUCAGAGGAGCAAGUACCAGAGGAAGAAGAGACAAAAACCGUUGAGAUCGUCGAGCUUCCCGAGGAGACUACAUUCGAAGAGAUCGUGACACCUGAAGGUAAGCCCAAAGUAAAGAAAAUCACUAAACGCACAAUCAUAAAGCUAGGUCCUAAAAAGGAAACUACCCAAAUAACCACUGAACAAGUCGACGAUAACACACCUGUUGUCACGGUACACACCACACAAGAUCUCACAGAUGAAACACUGACACCUUUUGAAGACUCACCGAGACCGGAAAGCGCAGAGGUUAUCGAAGAGCAACCUGAACAAGUCAAAGUGACUGAAAUCAAAACUGAAACUGGUGAAACAAAGAAGAUAAAAACCACCAAACGUGUGAUUAAAAAAGGAAAAGGAACUAAAAAGGAAGUAACUGAGAUCGUAACGGUGGAGAAAGACGGAGAAGAGCCAGUCACAAGUGUGAUAGUCUCAGAGGAGCAAGUACCAGAGGAAGAAGAGACGAAACCCGUUGAGAUCGUCGAGCUUCCCGAGGAGACUACAUUCGAAGAGAUCGUGACACCUGAAGGUAAGCCCAAAGUAAAGAAAAUCACUAAACGCACAAUCAAAAAGCUAGGUCCUAAAAAGGAAACUACCCAAAUAACCACUGAACAAGUCGACGAUAACACACCUGUUGUCACGGUACACACCACACAAGAUCUCACAGAUGAAACACUGACACCUUUUGAAGACUCACCGAGACAGGAAAGCGCAGAGGUUAUCGAAGUGCAACCUGAACAAGUCAAAGAGACUGAAAUCAAAACUGAAACUGGUGAAACAAAGAAAAUAAAAACCACCAAACGUGUAAUUAAAAAAGGAAAAGGCACUAAAAAGGAAGUAACUGAGAUCGUAACGGUGGAGAAAGACGGAGAAGAGCCAGUCACAAGUGUGAUAGUCUCAGAGGAGCAAGUACCAGAGGAAGAAGAGACGAAACCCGUUGAGAUCGUCGAGCUUCCCGUGGAGACUACAUUCGAAGAGAUUGUGACACCUGAAGGUAAGUCCAAAGUAAAGAAAAUCACUAAACGCACAAUCAAAAAGCUAGGUCCUAAAAAGGAAACUACCCAAAUAACCACUGAACAAGUCGACGAUAACACACCUGUUGUCACGGUACACACCACACAAGAUCUCACAGAAGAGACACUGACACCUUUCGAAGACUCAUCGCGACCGGAAAGCGCCGAGGUUAUCGAGGAGCAACCUGAACAAGUCAAAGUGACUGAAAUCAAAACUGAAACUGGUGAAACCAAGAAGGUAAAAACCACCAAACGUGUGAUUAAAAAAGGAAAAGGCACUAAAAAGGAAGUAACUGAGAUCGUUACGGUGGAAAAAGACGGAGAAGAGCCAGUCACAAGUGUGAGUGUGACAGUCUCAGAGGAGCAAGUACCAGAGGAAGAAGAGACGAAACCCGUUGAGAUCGUCGAGCUUCCCGAGGAGACUACAUUCGAAGAGAUCGUGACACCUGAAGGUAAGUCCAAAGUAAAGAAAAUCACUAAACGCACAAUCAAAAAGCUAGGUCCUAAAAAGGAAACUACCCAAAUAACCACUGAACAAGUCGACGAUAACACACCUGUUGUCACGGUACACACCACACAAGAUCUCACAGAUGAAACACUGACACCUUUUGAAGACUCACCGAGACCGGAAAGCGCAGAGGUUAUCGAAGAGCAACCUGAACAAGUCAAAGUGACUGAAAUCAAAACUGAAACUGGUGAAACAAAGAAGAUAAAAACCACCAAACGUGUGAUUAAAAAAGGAAAAGGAACUAAAAAGGAAGUAACUGAGAUCGUUACGGUGGAAAAAGACGGAGAAGAGCCAGUCACAAGUAUGACAGUCUCAGAGGAGCAAGUACCAGAGGAAGAAGAGAUGAAACCCGUUGAGAUCGUCGAGCUUCCCGAGGAGACUACAUUCGAAGAGAUCGUGACACCUGAAGGUAAGCCCAAAGUAAAGAAAAUCACUAAACGCACAAUCAAAAAGCUAGGCCCUAAAAAGGAAACUACCCAAAUAACCACUGAACAAGUCGACGAUAACACACCUGUUGUCACGGUACACACCACACAAGAUCUCACAGAUGAAACACUGAUACUUUUUGAAGACUCACCGAGACCGGAAAGCGCAGAGGUUAUCGAGGAGCAACCUGAACAAGUCAAAGUGACUGAAAUCAAAACUGAAACUGGUGAAACCAAGAAGGUAAAAACCACCAAACGUGUGAUUAAAAAAGGAAAAGGCACUAAAAAGGAAGUAACUGAGAUCGUUACGGUGGAGAAAGACGGAGAAGAGCCAGUCACAAGUGUGACAGUCUCAGAGGAGCAAGUAACAGAAGAAGAAGAGACCAAACCCGUUGAGAUUGUCGAGCUUCCCGAGGAGACUACAUUCGAAGAGAUCGUGACACCUGAAGGUAAGUCCAAAGUAAAGAAAAUCACUAAACGCACAAUCAAAAAGCUAGGUCCUAAACAGGAAACUACCCAAAUAACCACUGAACAAGUCGAAGAUAACACACCUGUUGUCACGGUACACAUUACACAGGAUCUCACAGAUAAAACACUGACACCUUUUGAAGACUCACCGAGACCGGAAAGCGCAGAGGUUAUCGAAGAGCAACCUGAACAAGUCAAAGUGACUGAAAUCAAAACUGAAACUGGUGAAACAAAGAAGAUAAAAACCACCAAACGUGUGAUUAAAAAAGGAAAAGGCACUAAAAAGGAAGUAACUGAGAUCGUUACGGUGGAGAAACACGGAGAGGAGCCAGUCACAAGUGUAACAGUCUCAGAGGAGCAAGUACCAGAGGAAGAAGAGACCAAACCCGUUGAGAUCGUCGAGCUUCCCGAGGAGACUACAUUCGAAGAGAUCGUGACACCCGAAGGUAAGCCCAAAGUAAAGAAAAUCACUAAACGCACAAUCAAAAAGCUAGGUCCUAAAAAGGAAACUACCCUAAUAACCACUGAACAAGUCGACGAUAACACACCUGUUGUCACGGUACACACCACACAAGAUCUCACAGAUGAAACACUGAUACUUUUUGAAGACUCAUCGCGACCGGAAAGCGCCGAGGUUAUCGAGGAGCAACCUGAACAAGUCAAAGUGACUGAAAUCAAAACUGAAACUGGUGAAACCAAGAAGGUAAAAACCACCAAACGUGUGAUUAAAAAAGGAAAAGGCACUAAAAAGGAAGUAACUGAAAUCGUUACGGUGGAGAAAGACGGAGAAGAGCCAGUUACAAGUGUGACAGUCUCAGAAGAGCAAGUACCAGAAGAAGAAGAGACCCAACCAGUUGAGAUCGUCGAGCGUCCCGAGGAGACUACAUUCGAAGAGAUCGCGACACCUGAAGGUAAGCCGAUAGUAAAGAAAAUCACUAAACGCACAAUCAAAAAGCUAGGUCCUAAAGAGGAAACAACCCAAAUAACCACUGAACAAUUCGACGAUAACACACCUGUUGUCACGGUACAAACCACACAAGAUCUCACAGAUGAAACACUGACACCUUAUGAAGACUCACCGAGACCGGAAAGCGCAGAGGUUAUCGAAGAGCAACCUGAACAAGUCAAAGUGACUGAAAUCAAAACUGAAACUGGUGAAACAAAGAAGAUAAAAACCACCAAAAGUGUGAUUAAAAAAGGAAAAGGCACUAAACAGGAAGUAACUGAGAUCGUUACGGUUGAGACAGACGGAGAAGAGCCAGUCACAAGUGUGACAGCCUCAGAGGAGCAAGUACCAGAGGAAGAAGAGACAAAACCCGUUGAGAUCGUCGAGCUUCCCGAGGAGACUACAUUCGAAGAGAUCGUGACACCUGAAGGUAAGUUCAAAGUAAAGAAAAUCACUAAACGCACAAUCAAAAAGCUAGGUCCUAAAAAGGAAACUACCCAAAUAACCACUGAACAAGUCGACGAUAACACACCUGUUGUCACGGUACACACCACACAAGAUCUCACAGAUGAAACACUGACACCUUUUGAAGACUCACCGAGACCGGAAAGCGCAGAGGUUAUCAAAGAACAACCAGAACAAGUCAAAGUGACUGAAAUCAAAACUGAUACUGGUGAAACAAAGAAGAUCAAAACCACCAAACGUGUGAUUAAAAAAGGAAAAGGCACUAAAAAGGAAGUAACUGAGAUCGUUACGGUGGAGAAAGACGGAGAAGAGCCAGUCACAAGUGUGACAGUCUCAGAGGAGCAAGUAACAGAAGAAGAAGAGACCAAACCCGUUGAGAUUGUCGAGCUUCCCGAGGAGACUACAUUCGAAGAGAUCGUGACACCUGAAGGUAAGUCCAAAGUAAAGAAAAUCACUAAACGCACAAUCAAAAAGCUAGGUCCUAAACAGGAAACUACCCAAAUAACCACUGAACAAGUCGAAGAUAACACACCUGUUGUCACGGUACACAUUACACAAGAUCUCACAGAUGAAACACUGACACCUUUUGAAGACUCACCGAGACCGGAAAGCGCAGAGGUUAUCGAAGAGCAACCUGAACAAGUCAAAGUGACUGAAAUCAAAACUGAAACUGGUGAAACAAAGAAGAUAAAAACCACCAAACGUUUGAUUAAAAAAGGAAAAGGAACUAAAAAGGAAGUAACUGAGAUCGUUACGGUGGAGAAAGACGGAGAAGAGCCAGUCACAAGUGUGACAGUCUCAGAGGAGCAAGUACCAGAAGAAGAAGAGACCCAACCGGUUGAGAUCGUCGAGCUUCCCGAGGAGACUACAUUCGAAGAGAUCGCGACACCUGAAGGUAAGCCGAUAGUAAAGAAAAUCACUAAACGCACAAACAAAAAGCUAGGUCCUAAAGAGAAAACAACCCAAAUAACCACUAAACAAUUCGACGAUAACACACCUGUUGUCACGGUACACAUCACACAAGAUCUCACAGAUGAAACACUAACACCUCUAGAACACUCAAUUAUAGCCGAAAACGCAAAGGUUGUCGAAGAGCAACCUGAAGAAGUCAAAGCGACUGAAAUUAAAACUGACACCGGCGAAACGAAGAAGAUCGAAACCACUAAACGAAUAAUUAAAAAAGGAAAAGGUAACAAGAAGGAAGUCACUGAGAUCGUGACGGUUGAAAAAGACGGAGAAGAGCCAGUCACAAGUGUGACAGUCUCAGAGGAGCAAGUUCCAGACGAAGAAGAGACAAAACCCGUUGAGAUCGUCGAGCUUCCCGAGGAGACUACAUUCGAAGAGAUCGUAACACCUGAAGGUGAGCCCAAAGUAAAGAAAAUCACUAAACGCACCAUCAAAAAGCUAGGUCCUAAACUGGAAACUACUCAAAUAAUUACUGAACUAGUAGAUGACAAGACACCUGUAGUCACAGUUCACACCACACAAGAUCUCACAGAUGAAACACUGACACCUUUAAAACAUUCAAUUAUAGCCGAAAACGCAAAAGUUGUCGAAGAGCAACCUGAAGAAGUCAAAGUGACUGAAAUUAAAACUGACACCGGCGAAACGAAGAAGAUCAAAACCACUAAACGAAUAAUUAAAAAAGGAAAAGGUACCAAGAAGGAAGUCACUGAGAUCGUGACGGUUGAAAAAGACGGAGAACAGCCAGUCACAAGUGUGACAGUCUCAGAGGAGCAAGUACCAGAGGAAGAAGAGACAAAACCCGUUGAGAUCGUCGAGCUUCCCGAGGAGACUACAUUCGAAGAGAUCGUGACACCUGAAGGUAAGCCCAAAGUAAAGAAAAUCACUAAACGCACAAUCAAAAAGCUAGGUCCUAAAAAGGAAACAACCCAAAUUACCACUGAACAAGUCGACGAUAACACACCUGUUGUCACGGUACUCACUACACAAGAUCUCACAGAUGAAACACUGACACCUUUUGAAGACUCAAAUGUACCCGAUAGCGCAAAGGUUGUCGAAGAGCAACCUGCGGAAGUCAAAGUUACUGAAAUCAAAACUGAAACUGGUGAAACAAAGAAGAUCAAAACCACUAAACGAAUAAUUAAAAAAGGAAAAGGUACCAAGAAGGAAGUCACUGAGAUCGUGACGGUUGAAAAAGACGGAGAAGAGCCAGUCACAAGUGUGACAGUCUCAGAGGAGCAAGUACCAGAGGAAGAAGAGACAAAACCCGUUGAGAUCGUCGAGCUUCCCGAGGAGACUACAUUCGAAGAGAUCGUGACACCUGAAGGUAAGCCCAAAGUAAAGAAAAUCACUAAACGCACAAUCAAAAAGCUAGGUCCUAAAAAGGAAACAACCCAAAUUACCACUGAACAAGUCGACGAUAACACACCUGUUGUCACGGUACUCACUACACAAGAUCUCACAGAUGAAACACUGACACCUUUUGAAGACUCAAAUGUACCCGAUAGCGCAAAGGUUGUCGAAGAGCAACCUGCGGAAGUCAAAGUUACUGAAAUCAAAACUGAAACUGGCGAAACAAAGAAGAUCAAAACCACUAAACGAGUAAUAAAAAAAGGAAAAGGUACCAAGAAGGAAGUCACUGAGAUCGUGAUGGUGGAGAAAGACGGAGAAGAGCCAGUCACAAGUGUGACAGUCUCAGAGGAGCAAGUACCAGAGGAAGAAGAGACCCAACCGGUUGAAAUCGUCGAGCUUCCCGAGGAGACUACAUUCGAAGAGAUCGUGACACCUGAAGGUAAGCCCAAAGUAAAGAAAAUCACUAAACGCACCAUCAAAAAGCUAGGUCCUAAACAGGAAACUACCCAAAUAGUUACUGAACAAGUAGACGACAAUACACCUGUAGUCACAGUACACACUACACAAGACCUCACAGAUGAAACACCAACACCUUUAGAACACUCAAUUUUAGCCGAAAACGCAAAGGUUGUCGAAGAGGAACCUGAAGAAGUCAAAGUGACUGAAAUUAAAACUGACACCGGCGAAACGAAGAAGAUCAAAACCACUAAACGAGUAAUUAAAAAGGGAAAAGGUACCAAGAAGGAAGUCACUGAGAUCGUGACGGUGGAGAAAGACGGAGAAGAGCCAGUCACAAGUGUGACAGUCUCAGAGGAGCAAGUACCAGAGGAAGAAGAGACCCAACCGGUUGAAAUCGUCGAGCUUCCCGAGGAGACUACAUUCGAAGAGAUCGUGACACCUGAAAGUAAGCCCAAAGUAAAGAAAAUCACUAAACGCACCAUCAAAAAGCUAGGUCCUAAACAGGAAACUACCCAAAUAGUUACUGAACAAGUAGACGACAAUACACCUGUAGUCACAGUACACACUACACAAGACCUCACAGAUGAAACACCAACACCUUUAGAACACUCAAUUAUAGCCGAAAACGCAAAGGUUGUCGAAGAGGAACCUGAAGAAGUCAAAGUGACUGAAAUUAAAACUGACACCGGCGAAACGAAGAAGAUCAAAACCACUAAACGAGUAAUUAAAAAGGGAAAAGGUACCAAGAAGGAAGUCACUGAGAUCGUGACGGUGGAAAAAGACGGAGAAGAGCCAGUCACAAGUGUGACAGUCUCAGAGGAGCAAGUACCAGAAGAAGAAGAGACCAAAUCGGUUGAGAUUAUCGAGCUUCCAGAGGAAACUACAUUCGAAGAGAUCUUGACACCAGAAGGUAAGCCCAAAGUAAAGAAAAUCACUAAACGCACCAUCAAAAAGCUAGGUCCUAAACAGGAAACAACCCAAAUAGUUACUGAACAAGUAGACGACAAUACACCUGUAGUCACAGUACACAAUACACAAGACCUCACAGAUGAAACACCAACACCUUUAGAACACUCAAUUAUAGCCGAAAACGCAAAGGUUGUCGAAGAGGAACCUGAAGAAGUCAAAGUGACUGAAAUUAAAACUGACACCGGCGAAACGAAGAAGAUCAAAACCAUUAAACGAGUAAUUAAAAAGGGAAAAGGUACCAAGAAGGAAGUCACUGAUUCCGUGACGGUGGAAAAAGACGGAGAAGAGCCAGUCACAAGUGUGACAGUCUCAGAGGAGCAAGUACCAGAAGAAGAAGAGACCAAAUCGGUUGAGAUUAUCGAGCUUCCAGAGGAAACUACAUUCGAAGAGAUCUUGACACCAGAAGGUAAGCCCAAAGUAAAGAAAAUCACUAAACGCACCAUCAAAAAGCUAGGUCCUAAACAGGAAACUACCCAAAUAGUUACUGAACAAGUAGACGACAAUACACCUGAAGUCACAGUACACAAUACACAAGACCUCACAGAUGAAACACCAGCACCUUUAGAACACUCAAUUAUAGCCGAAAACGCAAAGGUUGUCGAAGAGGAACCUGAAGAAGUCAAAGUGACUGAAAUUAAAACUGACACCGGCGAAACGAAGAAGAUCAAAACCACUAAACGAGUAAUUAAAAAGGGAAAAGGUACCAAGAAGGAAGUCACUGAGAUCGUGACGGUGGAAAAAGACGGAGAAGAGCCAGUCACAAGUGUGACAGUCUCAGAGGAGCAAGUACCAGAAGAAGAAGAGACCAAAUCGGUUGAGAUUAUCGAGCUUCCAGAGGAAACUACAUUCGAAGAGAUCUUGACACCAGAAGGUAAGCCCAAAGUAAAGAAAAUCACUAAACGCACCAUCAAAAAGCUAGGUCCUAAACAGGAAACUACCCAAAUAGUUACUGAACAAGUAGACGACAAUACACCUGUAGUCACAGUACACAAUACACAAGACCUCACAGAUGAAACACCAACACCUUUAGAACACUCAAUUAUAGCCGAAAACGCAAAGGUUGUCGAAGAGGAACCUGAAGAAGUCAAAGUGACUGAAAUUAAAACUGACACCGGCGAAACGAAGAAGAUCAAAACCACUAAACGAGUAAUUAAAAAGGGAAAAGGUACCAAGAAGGAAGUCACUGAGAUCGUGACGGUGGAAAAAGACGGAGAAGAGCCAGUCACAAGUGUGACAGUCUCAGAGGAGCAAGUACCAGAAGAAGAAGAGACCAAAUCGGUUGAGAUUAUCGAGCUUCCAGAGGAAACUACAUUCGAAGAGAUCUUGACACCAGAAGGUAAGCCCAAAGUAAAGAAAAUCACUAAACGCACCAUCAAAAAGCUAGGUCCUAAACAGGAAACAACCCAAAUAGUUACUGAACAAGUAGACGACAAUACACCUGUAGUCACAGUACACAAUACACAAGACCUCACAGAUGAAACACCAACACCUUUAGAACACUCAAUUAUAGCCGAAAACGCAAAGGUUGUCGAAGAGGAACCUGAAGAAGUCAAAGUGACUGAAAUUAAAACUGACACCGGCGAAACGAAGAAGAUCAAAACCAUUAAACGAGUAAUUAAAAAGGGAAAAGGUACCAAGAAGGAAGUCAAUGAUUCCGUGACGGUGGAAAAAGACGGAGAAGAGCCAGUCACAAGUGUGACAGUCUCAGAGGAGCAAGUACCAGAAGAAGAAGAGACCAAAUCGGUUGAGAUUAUCGAGCUUCCAGAGGAAACUACAUUCGAAGAGAUCUUGACACCAGAAGGUAAGCCCAAAGUAAAGAAAAUCACUAAACGCACCAUCAAAAAGCUAGGUCCUAAACAGGAAACUACCCAAAUAGUUACUGAACAAGUAGACGACAAUACACCUGAAGUCACAGUACACAAUACACAAGACCUCACAGAUGAAACACCAACACCUUUAGAACACUCAAUUAUAGCCGAAAACGCAAAGAUUGUCGAAGAGGAACCUGAAGAAGUCAAAGUGACUGAAAUUAAAACUGACACCGGCGAAACGAAGAAGAUCAAAACCAUUAAACGAGUAAUUAAAAAGGGAAAAGGUACCAAGAAGGAAGUCACUGAGAUCGUGACGGUGGAAAAAGACGGAGAAGAGCCAGUCACAAGUGUGACAGUCUCAGAGGAGCAAGUACCAGAAGAAGAAGAGACCAAAUCGGUUGAGAUUAUCGAGCUUCCAGAGGAAACUACAUUCGAAGAGAUCUUGACACCAGAAGGUAAGCCCAAAGUAAAGAAAAUCACUAAACGCACCAUCAAAAAGCUAGGUCCUAAACAGGAAACAACCCAAAUAGUUACUGAACAAGUAGACGACAAUACACCUGUAGUCACAGUACACAAUACACAAGACCUCACAGAUGAAACACCAACACCUUUAGAACACUCAAUUAUAGCCGAAAACGCAAAGGUUGUCGAAGAGGAACCUGAAGAAGUCAAAGUGACUGAAAUUAAAACUGACACCGGCGAAACGAAGAAGAUCAAAACCACUAAACGAGUAAUUAAAAAGGGAAAAGGUACCAAGAAGGAAGUCACUGAGAUCGUGACGUUGGAAAAAGACGGAGAAGAGCCAGUCACAAGUGUGACUGUCUCAGAGGAGCAAGUACCAGAAGAAGAAGAGACCAAAUCGGUUGAUAUUAUCGAGCUUCCAGAGGAAACUACAUUCGAAGAGAUCGUGACACCUGAAGGUAAGCCCAAAGUAAAGAAAAUCACUAAACGCACCAUCAAAAAGCUAGGUCCUAAACAGGAAACUACCCAAAUAGUUACUGAACAAGUAGAUGACAAUACACCUGUAGUCACAGUACACACUACACAAGACCUCACAGAUGAAACACCAACACCUUUAGAACACUCAAUUAUAGCCGAAAACGCAAAGGUUGUCGAAGAAGAACCUAAAGAAGUCAAAGUGACUGAAAUUAAAACUGACACCGGCGAAACGAUGAAGAUCAAAACCACUAAACGAGUAAUUAAAAAGGGAAAAGGUACCAAGAAGGAAGUCACUGAGAUCGUGACGGUGGAAAAAGACGGAGAAGAGCCAGUCACAAGUGUGACAGUCUCAGAGGAGCAAGUACCAGAAGAAGAAGAGACCAAAUCGGUUGAGAUUAUCGAGCUUCCAGAGGAAACUACAUUCGAAGAGAUCGUGACACCUGAAGGUAAGCCCAAAGUAAAGAAAAUCACUAAACGCACCAUCAAAAAGCUAGGUCCUAAACAGGAAACUACCCAAAUAGUUACUGAACAAGUAGACGACAAUACACCUGUAGUCACAGUACACACUACACAAGACCUCACAGAUGAAACACCAACACCUUUAGAACACUCAAUUAUAGCCGAAAACGCAAAGGUUGUCGAAGAGGAACCUGAAGAAGUCAAAGUGACUGAAAUUAAAACUGACACCGGCGAAACGAAGAAGAUCAAAACCACUAAACGAGUAAUUAAAAAGGGAAAAGGUACCAAGAAGGAAGUCACUGAGAUUGUGACGGUGGAGAAAGACGGAGAAGAGCCAGUCACAAGUGUGACAGUCUCAGAGGAGCAAGUACCAGAAGAAGAAGAGACCAAAUCGGUUGAGAUUAUCGAGCUUCCAGAGGAAACUAUAUUCGAAGAGAUCUUGACACCAGAAGGUAAGCCCAAAGUAAAGAAAAUCACUAAACGCACCAUCAAAAAGCUAGGUCCUAAACAGGAAACUACUCAAAUAAUUACUGAACAAGAGGACGACAAUACACCUGUAGUCACAGUACACACUACACAAGACCUCACAGAUGAAACACCAACACCUUUAGAACACUCAAUUAUUGCCGAAAACGCAAAGGUUGUCGAAGAGGAACCUGAAGAAGUCAAAGUGACUGAAAUUAAAACUGACACCGGCGAAACGAAGAAGAUCAAAACCACUAAACGAGUAAUUAAAAAGGGAAAAGGUACCAAGAAGGAAGUCACUGAGAUCGUGACGGUGGAGAAAGACGGAGAAGAGCCAGUCACAAGUGUGACAGUCUCAGAGGAGCAAGUACCAGAAGAAGAAGAGACCAAAUCGGUUGAGAUUAUCGAGCUUCCAGAGGAAACUAUAUUCGAAGAGAUCUUGACACCAGAAGGUAAGCCCAAAGUAAAGAAAAUCACUAAACGCACCAUCAAAAAGCUAGGUCCUAAACAGGAAACUACUCAAAUAAUUACUGAACAAGAGGACGACAAUACACCUGUAGUCACAGUACACACUACACAAGACCUCACAGGUGAAACACCAACACCUUUAGAACACUACACUAUAUUCGAUAACGCCAAGGUUGUCGAAGAGCAACCUGAAGAAGUCAAAGUGACUGAAAUUAAAACUGACACCGGCGAAACGAAGAAGAUCAAAACCACUAAACGAGUAAUUAAAAAGGGAAAAGGUACCAAGAAGGAAGUCACUGAGAUCGUGACGGUGGAAAAAGACGGAGAAGAGCCAGUCACAAGUGUGACAGUCUCAGAGGAGCAAGUACCAGAAGAAGAAGAGACCAAAUCGGUUGAUAUUAUCGAGCUUCCAGAGGAAACUACAUUCGAAGAGAUCGUGACACCUGAAGGUUAUCUUCCUGAAACUGGAGAAGUUAUUGCACCCGAAGACAACGACAAACCUCGCGAAGAAGUUCAACCAGUAAUUAUCAAACCAACUUCUAAGAAACCUUUAAAAGUCCUCAAGAUGGAGCAUGUUUCAAUAAAACUUACUGAAGCUCAGUUUCCGAAAGAGAUGGAACAGCCACAAUUUUCUAAAAUUAAACUUAAAAAACCAGACGUCAAAUCCAAAAAAGAGCAAACGUCCACUGUUUUGCCUAAAGUUCAACUAAAAAGUAGAAUAAAGUUUGUUACUGACUGGCCGCCAGACGAUGUAAAACCGAUUAUUACGUUUCUAAAAAGUGUAAGGCAAAACGGAGAGUUAUCAAGAAACAUCAAAGAAGCUGCAAAACUAAAAAAGAAAAAAUUGAUAGUUCCAGAAAUUUCCGAUGUACCAAAAACGCCGUUAGAAAAACCGGAUUUAGUAGAUUAUAUUAAAGAAGAUACAAAACCACGCCCCGAAGAAAGUACUACAAAUGAUCGUCUAACAAAAGAAUUUAUUGAUGAAGAAAUAGUAAAGAAAAAGAAUAUUGCGGAGCAUGAACCUUCUGAAAUUUCGUCACCUGGACCUGUUGUAAAGAAAAAAAUGAAACUAAAACCUAUGACCAUAGUAGAGAAAGUAAUAGAGCCAAACCUUCCACAAUUCGCUGAAAGUAUAGAAGAACCGCAAUUCAAAAAGAUACAACUCAAAAAAGGGAUUGUAAAGACAAAACUAGAAAGUUCAGUUGUAAAAAUACCCAAAAUUCAACUCAAAAGUCGUAUAAAAUUCGUAGGUGACUGGCCUCCAAAAAUCAUUAAACCUAACUUAUCAUUUUUGGGAGGUGUUCGGCAAAAUGGAAUCCUGUCAAGAAAUAUAAAAGAAGCUGCCAAAAUAAAAAAAACAGUUUUCAAACAGCCUGUGCUCCCUGAAAUUGAAAAAAUUGAAUUAGAAAAACCCAUGUUUACUCAAGAAGAUAUUAUAGGAAUAAAAAUAUCACCUGAAAAAGAAGAUGAAAAAUUACAUGACGCUGGGGAUAACAUCCAAGAUGAACCUGAACAGUUCACGAUAGCAUCUCGUCGUCCAAGCGUAAAAAAAAUUGAAGAAUUUGUUGAUGAAGUUACUAUUAAAAAGAAACUAAAGCCAGUUCGUAAAUCUUCUAUAACACUCCCGGAGAUAACUGAGCCUGAGGAAGUCACUUUCAGGCCUAAAAUUACAAAAACAAAAGAAGAAGUGGAACAAGAGUUUAAUAUUCAUUUAGACUCGUACGAAGAAGAGGAAAUAUCAAUGACAAGCAAAGUUAAGUUAAAGCCACAAAGACAACCUACAUUUAAUGAAGAAGAAAAUGAAGUGUCUAUCAAGGUAUAUGAGGAAAAAGAAAGUGUUGACGAUAAUAUAGUAGAAAUCAUAGAUAGUGACGUAGAAAAAGAUGAGGGUACUAAUGUUAUCAUGCCAUUGAAAAAGCCAGUUAAACCUUUGGUGAAUGUUGAUGAAGAAAUCACUUCAAGUGUAAUUAUGUCUAAACCUAAAUCUCAUAUCCAAGCUAUUGAAUUUACUGAAGAUGUUACUUUUGAGUUAGGAGACAAAACAAAAUAUCUUAUAGAUGAUCAAGAAAUAUCUUUUGAUGUUAAAAAACAAAAAGACGAAUUUAAAUCGGAAGAAUUGUCUUUAUCUAGUAAAAUUAAACUAGCACGCAAAAAGAAAUUAACAAUUGACGAAGCAGGUGAUGAAACUUCAAUACGAUUAGAAAAAGAGAUCGAGGACGAUGGACAAGUAGAUGAAAUAAUCAUUAGUGACAGUGAAUCAGAAGAAAGAGUGGAGAUGGUUAUUAAAAGAAAACCAAAAAAACCUACUUACGAGGUCAGUGAAGUGGAAGAACUAAGUGUAGAGUUUAAACCAAAGAAGAUAGAUGUUGAUACUUUCGAAGAAGAACAAUUUACCAUUUCGACUAAACGCGUGCCCAAGAAACCAUCCCGAAUUCAAGAAGCCGAAGCCUCGAUGAGCCUUGCGAAAGAACAACAAUUCCCAGCGAGCCAAACGGACGUGCGCACGGGGGAUGCCGUGUUCGCCGUCUACAGCUACGUGGCCGAGACUGACGAAGCCAUCAACCUGGUGGAGGGCGAACGCCUUUACAUACUGGACACGACCAAUCAAGACUGGUGGUUCGUCCAAAAGCAUCUAACCGAGGUGAAGGGAUGGGUGCCCGCGCAGUACUUGAUGGACGAAACUAAUUAUACUCUCUACCUGCAGAAGAAACUUAAUGAGAAAAUCGACAAACUGCCGGUGUUUGAAAAACCAACUUCAGAAGAGCGAGCAAUCGCUCCUAUAUUCGUCGAAAAAUUACGACCAAAACACAUUCCGGACGGUUCUACAGUACAAUUUGAAUGCCAAGUAGAAGGUUAUCCACGGCCACAAAUUACUUGGUUCCGACAAACGGCCAUAAUAAAACCUUCUCAAGAUUUCCAGAUGUAUUAUGAUGAUGAUAAUGUUGCUACGUUGGUAAUCAGGGAGGUCUUCCCUGAAGACGCGGGCACGUUCACUUGCGUAGCUAAAAACGCGGCUGGUUUCGCGUCCAGUACUGCUGAGUUAACAGUCGACGCGCCGCUUUCCGAUCAUGGCUCCGAAAUGGCUCCAUUGUCUCGUAAAAGCCUUUCCCGCGAAUCUUCUCUCGCUGAUAUCCUCGAGGGAAUCCCUCCAACCUUCUCCAAACGUCCAAAAGCACAAUAUGUGGACGAAGGUUCACAAAUCUUCCUCGAGUGCCGCUUAGUUGCAAUCCCAGAACCAGAUAUAGCCUGGUUCUUCAAGGGAGAAGAAGUGGUCCCAGACGACAACGUUUCCGUAGCCAUCGAAUCUGACAUGCAUAUGUACUGCAGUGUAUUAAAAAUCUCGAACGUUAAAAAGUUCCAAGAAGGUACAUACACCGUAUUAGCAGUAAACAGGGAAGGAGAAGCGAAUUUGCCUAUUGUUCUCAAAAUAAAAACGGGAGAGAAUGAAAAGCCUCAAGUUAUAGAACCGUUGAAGAGCAUGACCAUUAGGGAAGGAGAAAGUGUUGUCCUCACGACUCAAGUGGUCGGAAGCCCCGAGCCGAAAGUUGUAUGGUAUAAGAACAAUAAGUCAAUUAACGAGCCGAUACAGAAAACCGACGGCAACGUACAUUCCAUAACGAUAAUUAAACCAAAAAAAGGGAAAGAUGACGGUGUUUAUUCUCUUAAGGCUACUAACAGCGAAGGAAGCGCAGAGACCAGUGCAGUAAUCACGAUAGAAGAACCGACUGAAGAGGACGCCGAACCUCCGCUAUUUAUAAACAGAUUCCAAGAAUUAACUGUGAAAGAGCAAGGCAUAAUAAGGUUGAACGCUAAGGUAACCGGAAAUCCCGUGCCAUCAAUAACCUGGUACAGAAAUAACCAAAUACUCACAGCUAGCGAGACCGUUACUCAGAAGUUCGAUGGCGAAAACAUCGAACUCGUUAUUACCAAUGUAGACUCUGAAGUCGACUCCGGUGAUUACAAGUGCGUCGCUUCGAAUUCCGCUGGUAAGGCAUCCCACGGAGCGAAGGUCACUAUCGAUGUCGACAAAGUUAUAUUCGUAAAGUACUUGAAAAAGCGAUACGAAACUGAAGAAGGCAAGACAGUCAUCCUAGAAUGUGAAACAUCUCACACAGUUUCCACUAAGUGGUACCACGAUGGCAAAGAACUCAGUGGCAUGGACCAUAGAGAAAUUAUACAGGAAAGCCGAAUACAUAAGCUAAGAAUUAAAAAAUGUAAGUUAACCGACCAAGGAACUAUAAAAUGCAUUGUCAAAGAUCAAGAAACUACCACAUCUUUGAUAGUAAAAGAAACGAUCCCUGAGUUUGUUCGCAAGUUGCAAGAUUUCGAAGUCAAAGAGCGAGAUAUCGCUAUAUUGGAAGUCGAGAUCAAUUCAGAAACGGCGGACGUCACGUGGGAGAAAGAUGGCAAAAUUAUUAAACCUAAGAAGAAUAAGUACGAGAUAGAAAAACGCGGAAACGUUCGCAAGCUUUUCAUUAGAAAUACGUCGGUUCACGACGAAGGAGAAUAUGCUUGCAAGUUGCGUGACGACGAAUGUUCGGCCGAGGUGACCGUGGUGGAGCUGCCUCCCGAGAUAAUAACGCGACUCCGCGAUCAGAAAGUGAACCGAGGCAACCGAGCGGCCUUCGAGAUCGAGCUCACGAAAGGCGAUGCCCUAGUGCGCUGGUUCAAGGAUGGGUCUGAAAUUCAGUUCUCGAACCGGAUUCAACUCACGAUAGACGGAAAGAAACAGAAGCUAAAGAUUUACGACUGCGAAGAUAGCGACCAAGGGGUGUAUGCCUGUGAAGUGGGCAAUGACAAGUGUACCGCACGGCUCACUGUAGAAGAGCCUUCGAUCGACUUUACGUUGCGGUUACCGGAGGUGGUCGUCGUGCCUGUCAACACUGACGCUUACCUAACCGUUGAAGUGCCUGAUGAAGGUAACAAGGUCACCUGGUUCCGGCGGAAGACCGUGAUUGAGGACUCUGAAAAGUUCAACCUCAUAUCUGAUGGAAGGAGGCGUGUUUUCGUGAUCAGGAAGUGCACCGAGGAAGACCAGUGUGAAUAUUCCUGCCAAUUAGAAGAGACCAGAUGUAUGACGAGACUUGAAGUUGAAGUGGGCGGCGGCGCGCCCACGGUGCUGCAGUGCGAGAAGGUGGUGCGCGUGCGGCGCGGCGCGGACGCAACGCUGCGCGUGCGCUACUCGGGGCGAGCGACGCGUGCGCAGUGGCGGCGCGGGGGCGAACCGCUGGCGCGCUCGAAGCGACGGCGCGCGGGCGCGGAGGCCGGCGCCGCCACGCUUACGCUGCGCAAGAGCGAGCGCGCCGACGCGGGCGUGUACUCGCUGCGCCUCGACAACGAGUUCGGCGAGGCGCACGUCGACAUGGAGCUCGUCGUUAUGGACGUGCCCUCUGCGCCCGGCAAGCCCAGUGUGCUGGAGGUGGUGGACUCGCGCGUGCACUUGUGCUGGUCGGAGCCCGAGGACGACGGCCACUCGCCGAUCCUGUGCUACAUCCUCGAGUACCAGGAAAUCGAUACCGCGGAGUGGACUUCGAUAGAAAACAUCAAGUCGCCUCAGCGACGCGUCGAAAACCUCCGCAGCAGCUCGUCGUAUCGAUUCAGAGCGUUCGCCGUCAACGAAGUGGGUGUCGGAGAGUCUUCUGAGAUUACAGAAUUCGUUGUCAUCGAAACCAGCAUAAAGGAAGGCCCUCCUAGUGUCGAGAAACCACUGAGGGAUACUAUCGCGUCCCCUGGAGAGCGCAUUGAACUGACUUGCAUUUUCGGAGGCGUCCCCGUGCCUACCGUCGCGUGGACGAGGAACGGCGCGCCCUUGUCGCGGACCGCCGGCAGCUACCGCGACCGCGUCGCUGAGCUGUCUCUAGGCGCAGCCGACGCGAUCGAGGGCGAAUACAUUUGCGUGGCGACCAACAAGUACGGGCGCGUCGAGACUUCGUGCACGAUCCGCGUACAACAGAAACCUACCGUGACGAUUCUUGACGAGGAGACGCUGAAGCGCGUGUUCGUGGCGGGAGAGGCAUGGUCGGCGCGGGUGCGCGUGGCGGGCGUGCCGCGCCCCGCCGUGCGCUGGCGCAGGGACGGCGCGGCCGUCGACGAGUCGCAGGUGGACGUGUCCACGCGCGAUGACGUCACCGUCGUCACGAUCGCCAACCUGCGGCGCUCCGACGCGGGCAAGUACUCCGUGGAGGCCGUCAACGAGGCUGGCAACGCUUCCGUCGACAUUCCGCUCGCGGUGUUCGAGGUUCCAUCGGCGCCGCGCGGGCCGCUGAGCUACUUCGGCGCCACGGCCUCCGCCGUCACGCUGGCGUGGGACGCGCCCGAGUCGGACGGCGGCUGCGCCGUGCUGGACUACCGCGUGGAAGCGCGCGUGGGCGCCGAGUGGCGCCUCGCGGCCACUGCGCUGCGCACGGAGGCGCGCGUCGACAAACUGCAGGCGCACGACUCGUACCGCUUCCGCAUUUGCGCCCGCAACCAAGUGGGCGUCGGGCCGCCCUACGCGCCCGACCAGGCCUUCGCCCCCGGAGACGGACCGACGCGGCCGGCGGCGCCUCGGCGGUUCCGCACCAGCGGUGUCACAUCGCGAUCUGUCAUGCUGCAGUGGGAGCCACCAGAAUUCGACGGCGGCAGUCCUCUUACAAACUACAUAGUGGAGUGCCGCGAGGUGGAGACAGCUGCGGCGGAGUCGGCUGAGACGUGGCGCAAGGUGGUCACGGUGCAAGCGACGACGCUACAACACCGCGUCGAGAACAUCCGCGCCCGGCGGCUGUUGGAGUUCCGCGUGUCUGCUGAGAACGCGCUGGGCGUGGGCCUGCCCGCCUGCUGCGAGCCCGUGCGGCUCGUGACGCACGCGACGGUGCCGUCCCCGCCGACGGGUCCAUUGGAGCUGCGUGCGCUGGGCGGCGCAGUGGCGGCGGUGGCGUGGGGCGUGCCCGAAUGGGACGGCGGCUCGCCGAUACUGCGCUACACCGUGGCGGUGCGGGACAUGCGCAAGACCAUGUGGAUGCAGGUGGGCGAGGUGGACGCGGCCACGCUGCGCUUCCAGAUCCGCGACCUGACGGAGGAGCGCGCGUACGCCAUCCGCGUGUACGCCGUCAACGAAGAGGGCGCCAGCGAGCCGCUGGAGUCCCACGAGCCCUUCGAAGUGCUCCCCGGAGAAGACUCGGCGCGCUCGGAGGGCCCGGGCGAGGCGACGGAGGCCACGGAGCCCACGUCCUUCAGCACGCAGACCACGUCCUGGCUGCGCGACCACAACAUGGACGCCGACAUCCGCUCGUACGCGCGCGGCUCUCUGCUGCGCCGGGACGAGUACUUCUUCCGCAUCUGGCACUACGCGCGGCGGCUCUUCGAGUGAGCCGCGCCGCCGACGCCGCCCCGCCCGCAGCCGGCGGCGCACGCAUACUGCAGACGAGCGUGUACGUGCUGACUGCCCCGCCCGGAGCGUCGUGGUUGUAGUCGAGCGCAGGCCCGCGCCACGCACUACGAAGUGGAAAUAAAAGGGUACGGGCAUUUUUUAGAGGUCUACGAGGCACCAUCUUGUAGUCAAGCACUUGUCUAUGGUAUGCCGGUGUCCGCUGCCGCCGGCGCGGCGCACCCCUCUGUGAUAGAGCGCGGCAUUCGCCCCGCACCCCUAGCUAUUUACACGUACACUAGUAAUUUAUUGUUAUUUAUUUAUUGUUUAUAUGAAUGCUGGAGCAAGCCCGACCGCCCCGGCGCGCCUCGUGCGACGUGGUUUUGGGAGACGUUUUUCAAUAUAGGUGCACACGGGUUCGACAUCGUGCGGGACGGGCCCCGGCUGUCGGGUUUCCUCCAUACAAAUUUUUGUACAAUAUAAUGUCAAAAUUAA